GACGAGCCCGUGGAACAGGCGCGGCUGCCUGCUCGCCCCGGGCGGGGAAAGGAGGAAUAGGAGAACGUGAAGGGAGCGCGAGAGCAGGUUGCCACACGUUCGCAGAGCGCGAGCGAGAAAGAGGCAACGAGCACCUGGGAGGCGCCGGGAGCGGCGUGGUCGCCCCGCUUUAUUCUUUUCCACACAGCCGUCGUAGCGAGCAGCAAACGGCCCUUCCCGCCUCUCUCCUCAGCCCCGGCACUCCUUCGCCUUUUCCCGCCUCCCCAGCGCCACAAGGCAGCGUCAGGUGUCGUGCCGAAGCGGGCAGUGCGCCUGUGCGGCAAAGCAUUAUUCUCUCCAGCUCCCGUGCCCAGCCGCGGAGGAAAGUAAACCGCAGCUAGCGCGCCGGAGGAGGAGGAGGAAGAUGGCGGAGCCGGGGCCAACGCGGACGUCUCCCUCGUACCCACGGGCGUCAGGUAGGACAUAAGAGUGUGUGUGUGUGUGUGUGUGUGUGUGUGUGACCCAGCAGGUGUGGUUUGUGGGAAGGUGCUUGGCUUGCUUUUUUAUUUUUGUAUUUUUUACUUUGCAGAGAAGACUCUUUGCUGCUUUCCCCCCUUGUACACCCAGCCACCCACCUCAGUGGAGGGCGGGUGAAAGCUGCGAGGGGGCCGGGCAGGUGCCCUUCCGUGCUCCUUGCCCUCCAUGCUGCAACGUGGUGUUGCCGCCGCCGCCGCCGCCAGUCUCCGUGUGGCAGCGUGAUUUAUUUGCAAGGGGUGGGUGUGUGCGCGGUGACAUUUGGCAAGCGGGCGCGCUGGGUAUCGUAGCAUAGCUGAAGCCGGGAAGGCGCCAGAACCAAGCCUUGGUGGUGGUGGUGGUGAUGGUGCGGGGGGCGGGGCGGGGAUUGUACUGGAGAGUCUAUUGUAAGGAUGAUAGGAGGCCUCACCCGAGGCGAGGAAGAGGAUGGCCUGGAAGAUGUAGGGGGGGUUGGUUUGUUUUUUUUUUGCAGGAGAGCUUUGUUGCUGGUAAUUGGGGAAGGUCAAGGAUAGCACAUCAAAUCAGAGGGAGAAACUAGACGAAAACCAACGUUUGGGCGGUGGGUCUUCUUUACCCAGGCAUCAAUAACGCUCCUUUGCUGACUCGCUGUCAUAGGAAACACGAGGCGGGCAGUAAAACGACAGGAAAGGAUCGCUGUGCUGUUAGGGCUUUUGUAUUCUCUUUUACCAGCAGACGAAACCUUUUAGUGCUUUAAUGGUGUAUGGUCUCCUUGGUUGUAAAACAAGGCUGUCUUUGGUGUUCACUGGAAAGGGGAGUGUAAAAUGGUAAUGUCUCCUGUGAGGCUAAUGUUACUUGGUUAAAUAUGCAGAGGUGCAUAUUUUGAUUCCAAAAUAAUGCUUUUUUUUGUUGCGUCUUUACAUGUCUCUUUAUGUCGUUUAAACCUGUUGGAUUGGUGCUGCGAGGCGGAUCCAAGCACAAGAGACAAAUUACACAAUCAUGGAGCGUGUUGCCGGAUACUUGAGGUUCUGCUUUUAACCAGGGGACUUGGGACUCAGGCCAGUUCCACCAAUGCUUUGGACUGUCCUGUGUGAGCAGAGAAACAAACAAACAAAUAAAUAACAGGCUCCUUUCUAAAACUUGGCUACCUCUUCAAAGAUCUAGCAUGCUUUGAAUUUAGCAGAUAGUCCUGUAAAAGCUGGUGAUAAGAAGUCUAAUCUUUUCAAUCAGUUAAGUUUUCAUCAGUCAGUUGCUGCAGCUCAGAAGGCUGCCCAGCAAAAUGGUGCUCCACUUUGGUUUCUUAAAUUCUGACAUGGAUCUUGUAUUAUUAUAUUUAUAUCUCACAUUUCUUCUAUUGUGGAAUUCAAGGUGGCCUGGUGUCCAUGUGGCUUCUAGGCAGGAACCCAUCCAGGCACUGACCAGACUUAACUGCUUACCUAGGUUUUGAAUGUGACUCUCUAUGGGAGACCCACAAGUCCAAAUUUCCUUAGUAUGGCAAUCCGUCAAUUUAUUAUCACAAGAAUUUUGGACUUUGUGUCUUUGGUGACAGUUACUUUGGGGCAUUUUAAUUAUAAGAUUACCUAUUUUAUCACCAUUGCUUGAGGCAUAAAAUCAAAAAUUUACACAACGCACCCCUAUUAAUUGAAAUUUGUUGAAACGUUUAGAGAACUUAAAUUCCCACAGCAAAACUGAAUAACUUUUUAAGAACACUAACCAUCUGCUUUGAAGAUAUUCCUGUGCAUCGAAGGAGAGCUGUAAUAGUCACUCAAACAAACUCCCUUUAUUGAGUACCUUCUCGUGAACUAUCACUGCAUCUGCCCCCAGCCAGCAGUUCCCAAAUGUUAGAAUGUAAGACUCACACACUUUUAAUGUUUUGUUGCAAGUUGUAAGAGACACAGUUGUAAGUAGUAUUCAUCAUGCUUGUUAAGGAUUAAAAGCAAUUAUUUUGGGUUUACCUGUGUCUGUGACCCACUUGCACCGGCUUUGUGACCCAUUUGUGGGUCAUGACCCACAGGUUGGGAAACACUGCCCUAAAGGAUGACUAGCUUCAUGCAAAUUUUAGAAAAGUUUCAGUGCUACAGUAGUGUGAUAGCAUUUUUGUGACUUCUUGUGACACAAGCUUUUGUAGGUAGUGACCUACAUUGAUUCAUUAUGGGUAUCUAAUACAAAUUCCAGAAUAGUCACUACAUUAAUUGUUUUAAAUUCAUUUCCUUCACUUCAAGCCCAUUGCACAGUAAACCAGUUAGUUAAAGAUGGCAGCAAAAGCCCUAUCACUUUCAAAUGUAUAUGUGUGUUCAAGUUCUUGACUUUAAAAACCCUACCCUAUACAAUAAGCCAACCUUGAUGGCAGAAAGUGAGGAGGAAUUAAAUAACCUUUUAAUGAGGGUGAAAGAGGAGAGCACAAAAUAUGGUCUGAAGCUCAACACCAAAAAAUUAAGAUCAUGGCCACUGGGCCCAUCACCUCCUGGCAAAUAGAAGGAGAAGAAAUGGAGGCAGUGAGAGAUUUUACUUUCUUGGGUUCCAUGAUCACUGCAGAUGGUGACAGCAGUCACGAAAUGAAAAGACACCUGCUUCUUGGGAGAAAAGCAAUGACAAACCUAGACAGCAUCUUAAAAAGCAGAGACAUCGCCUUGCCAACAAAGGUCCAUAUAGUUAAAGCUGUGGUUUUCCCAGUAGUGAUGUAUGGAAGUGAGAGCUGGACCAUAAAGAAGGCUGAUCGCUGAAGAAUUGAUGCUUUUGAAUUAUGGUGCUGGAGGAGACUCUUGAGAGUCCCAUGGACUGCAAGAAGAUCAAACCUAUCCAUUCUUAAGGAAAUCAGCCCAGAGUGCUCACUGGAAGGACAGAUCCUGAAGCUGAGGCUCCAAUACACCUCAUGAGAAGAGAAGACUCCCUGGAAAAGACCCUGAUGUUGGGAAAGAUUGAGGGCACGACAGAGGACGAGAUGGUUGGACAGUGUUCUCGAAGCUACCAGCAUGAGUUUGACCAAACUGCAGGAGGCAGUGGAAGACAGGAGUGCCUGGCGUGCUCUGGUCCAUGGGGUCACGAAGAGUCGGACACGACUAAAGGACUAAACAACAACAAUACAAUAAGCAAAAACUAACUACUGUACUAUCAAUUGACCAAAAUAUUGUUUAAAGAAAAGUAGUUCAGCAUCUCUCUGAAGAGGAAGUCACAGUGAUAUUUUGUGUCAUUCAUAUUUUAUUUUCUAUAAACAGAUUCCAACAAGUCUAUUUGUUUCUAUGUUCCUUCAUCCUCUGAGCACUGAUUAGCCAUGAGCUGAGGAAAAACAUAUAUAUAUAUAUAUAUAUAUAUAUAUAUAUGCCUGUAGCAUUGGAUAAAUUGAAAAAGUAUGUGAGAUGUUUGGGUUUAAAAGCUGACCUUUGGAUCCAACCUUAGUUGAGUUAGUUAGGCACACCAUUUCCCUGUAAAGUAUUAUUUUCACAAGUAGACAUUAAAUACAGCAGCCUGAAGCGCAUGGUGUGCGUCUCUCCUGGUCCACCCUGUAAAUCCAGGCUUACAAUGAACUUUUAGACAGGUACAUUUGUGUUGUAUGAGCUAUUUUAGGAACGCAAACCACAAUUUUUUAUUUAAUCUGUUACUCUGGGAUUCCUAUUUCACAUGUUCUGUGGAAAAUACAAGCAGUAGUCGUAUACAAAACCAUGCCUUCUUGGUUGCAUUAUUCGCUUUACUAUGAAUUCUGGCUUUGUCAGAAGCAAACGUAAAGUCAGAAAUCCUACUGAAAAUUAAGAGUGCAAUCUUAUGCAUGAUUACUCAGACGAAAGUUUCACGGUGUUCGGCAGGGUCUUUGUGCAUAGGAUUUCAGCCUUAGUGUUCUUGAUUUCAUUUAGUUCAGUGUGAUUUGCAGAUUAGCUUGUGGGAAUUCCCUACUGAAGACAACAUUCAGCUGGUAAUGCAGGAUCAUCAGUAUGAAAGAUGUUCAGGAAGUUGCUCAGCUCAUCUGUAUUUGAAAUAAAGAAUUACAGUACAUUAUUAAAAUGCUAACCUUUGUAGUUGAUCAGCACUAAUGCAUUGCCUGAAAGAAAGCAUGCUUCCAUUUUUAUAUCGUUGCAAGAGACCCCCAGCCCCUGUAAUAUAUUAGGAAGAAUGACCAGAUUUCUUUGUCAUAGCUGAAUGUGUGUGUGCACCUUCCUCAGCUACUCACUGACUUCUUCACUGGAUAGUUCAGCUGAAUUCACUAACACUAUACAGGUUUAAGGAGUUAGAGCUUCCCUUGAUGGUGGUUUUAUAGGUUACUGAGCAAUUUACCAAACUUAACAUUUUUAUAUAAUAUAAGCCUGUUUAUGUAGGCAAUACACAUCACACAUUUUUUCAUCCAUUCAGUGUGUAUUAAAGGGUUGCACUGUAAAAUAAAAAUUUCUUUAAUAUUUAGUAUGGAACAAAUUGAAAAAGCAAAACUUUUGUCUUCACUGGAAUAUUUACGUUACAGAAAUGUUUGGGAAUGUUAAUGAAAUAGGAUAGUCCUUUUACUAUGUGAAAAAAUUUCUUGUAAAUGGCACUUUAGAGUAUGCUUCACUCCUACGAUUUUAAAAAUUAUUAAAAUUAUAAAGUAGGUCAGGAGCUGUAUAGAACAUUGUGAUAUGACUCUUAGAGGAAUUGCAGUCCAUUAAGACUAUGUUUUUAUCACGGCUGUAUUGGCUGCCGUGAUUUGGUAAUUGUUCCAGUUUUAGUAUGUUAUACUAUUGUUCAAUUGGUUUGUGUGUAUAGUUAGGUUUUUGGUCUAUUGUAAGAUGGAUGAAGGGUGGUAUAUAAAUGGAAUAAAUAACAAUGAUACAGGAUGGGGCAAAUGUAGAGAAUGGACAAAUAGGGAUGGGGCUAGAGUCAAAUUCAAAGAGGGGGCAGCCAGCUUCUCUGAUGUUAGGAUGGUUAGCAAAAGCUUUGCUGAAAAAGUAGGCAAGCCUCAUUCAGUCAGGUAUGAAUUCAGGUGAGUAUCAUUGAUAUAUGUGUGUGUGCACGCACACUUAAAAAAAUAAAUAACUUGGCUGGGAUUCAGAAUACUCCUUCUGGUGCGGCUCAAGGACUUGAGCAUGGCCAGUGGAAUUGUGGCUUUUUCUCUUUGAAUAGUAGACAUUCAUUCCAUAUUCUCAUUAAUGAGAACUUCUUUUUCUAACUUUGAUGGGGUGUUGUAUUUCAUCUCAGGUUUUGCCAUAUUUUCAAUUAAUGUAAUGACAUUUGCAAACUUUAGAGCCUUGCUAUAGCUGUAAGUGGUUGCUAGGCUUCUCCCCACCUUUUCCUGUCACUUGUAUUUUGCCAGGAGUAUGCAAUUUUGUUAGUGUGAGAUGGUAAUUGAAGCUUUUCAUUAUGCAGGGGGGCUGUCACUAACAUGCAUGGUUUUAGAUGCCCAUGUGUAAUAAUAUUUACAUAUCAUUUUCAAAACUAGCUGAUCGUUAUGUUUCACCGUACUGUGAAAGAAUUGCUCUCAAAUGCAGAGUCUUUUUUGAAAAACAACUACAAUUGUAUUUAGGACGUAUUCUAUACAUUGCUUCUGAAAUGUUAGAAUAUAUACUGUCUUUGAAAGAGAGAGGACAUGCAAUUCUUUAUACUAAUUAACUCUAAAUGCUAAUAUAGGUAUGAGUCAAGAUUAUAAUACAGCAAUAUUGUCUGUGCCAUAUCAGAGCUGGAAAGCCACCAAGGAUAUAGUUUCAACCUGCCAGAACUAACUGACUCUUGCUUCCCUUUGUAUGUAUUAUAUUGAUUUCAAACGUAUACAGUUCUUCUGAGGAGCCCAACUGUUCCUGAUGAGUGGUAAUCAAUUCUGGCUCGGCAACUGCCUUCUUCUAUUCAUCAUAACAAAAUCAAUUUGAUUUGGAGCUGAAACAAUCCAUUUGAUCACGGCUGCAAUUUGUAACGUGGAGCAGAAUCUUCCUCCUUUAAAAAGAAGGUUGUUUGCUGGUGAAACACAGAAAAUUCAAGGAAUGCCCAUUGGGACUACCUUCCCAUAGGCUGUGUAGCAGGUUUGGUUUUUCCCUUUAGACCUUGAAAAUUUGUUAGUAACCUUAACUGUUUCCUGUAAAGGUUUUCCGCUUUUCUAUUUAAAAUACAUCUCUCCUAGUAAGGGUGCAGUUGGGUUUAUCAAGGAGACCUGCUCCUGCAUCAUAAGGAGCUUUUUCACACUAGUGCUGGACAUUAACAGGAGCACGUAGCACUAAUAUGGAUAUAUAUAUAUAUAGGACUCUUUUUUCAGGAGAAAAUUUUAAAAGCCCUGAAUGUUUUUAAAUUAAAAAAAGGAAAAAAGAUUGGACAUUAGAAUUCCAGGCAAACUCCCACAUGCUCCAGUGAAUUUAUCUGACAGCUGUGCCAAUGCAUGAUUAGUUCCAAGGAAAAUGCACUUGCAGCAUUUUAAGGCAAGAAGAUACGGGUUAAAAGCUGGCCUGUACCGUCUACUAUGUUGCACUGAUAAAAACUGUUCAUAUGGGCAACUCUGUCACAUUACAGUAUUUUGUUUGAAGUUGACCUUCCUUGAGCUGAAUAGCUACAAAGGGAACAUCAGGAUCUUUACACUGUCUGGCCACCAAUACCUUUGGCUUCUUUUCUUUUGCCUAGUGAGCAGUUAAGUUCUGUUAAACACCUUACACAAAUCCAGAGUGGAGUCCCUAAGACAGUUGGAUGGCGCCUUAUACGCCUCCUUCCGGCAACUCCUGCUGCCAAGUUGUUGCCAAACGUAUUGCUCUGUUUUCCUUUGGACCACACCAGCAAGGCCAGGAGGAAAGUCUUGUCGUCUGGGAAGACCAGGACUUCCGUACUCGCUACCCAGGCUUGUGCCCAAAGGAAAUCACUUUGGUGCUGCUAACACAGCCAUUUGACUUCAGCCCGUAGGCACACUCCAUUGUCUCUCGAGACAAACAAAUGCCAACAAAUCUGGGACCUUAUGAUGAAUGGCAGUUAAUAACUCAAAUUGGUGAUGAUCGUAUAAAUAUUCUGAAGAAGGUAGAAUCUACAGUUCUGUGUACAGUCAUACCUUGUGUUGCAUUUGCUUCAUGAUACGUUUGCAUCCCGCGGCAACCUGGAAGUACCGGAAAGCAUUACUUCUGGGUUUCGCCGCAUGCGCAGAUGUGCAAAAUGAUGUAAUGCGCAGAUGUGGCAUGUGCAGACGCAGGUUGCGUUCUGCUCAUGUUGCGAAUGGGACUCUGGAACGGAUCCCGUUCGCAACCAGAGGUACCACUGUAGAAGCAUAAGGAUCUAUGGACGAUGUAUGCAACCUAGAUUAUCUAGGUUAUAAGAGGUUUUUCUAAUUGGGUUUUAUAAACAAGGAUCAUAGGACUAAUACAUAAUACAAAUAAAUAGGCCAAGUCUUCUUAUCUCAUUUGUAUAUCACAAAAAUAGCAUAAUAAAUUUGCAAUAAUAUCUACACCAUAUGGUUCAUAGUCCGUGUAUAAGUUAUUGGUUAGGUUAUAAGAGUUUUAAGUCUGUGUCUGUUUCAGCUUUUUAUUAAUGUUUCGUUAGCUCCUGUUUCUAAAGCCACUCUCAAUGUUUGCCAUUUGGGACUGGCUGAAACUUAAUACUUGAUAAUUUAAUUGCUGUUUGAACUGGUAGCUUGCACGUGACAUCCCAAUUUUUCCUGAAGUAGCAUAGGCUUGAAAACAUUCUGUUGGCGCUCUUGGCAGAAGACAUGCAUGUUAAUGUUGGUAGAUCAUGUCUCUCUCAUUCCCAUUGCUCCUUAGUAUUAAAAUAUUCAGUUAUUUACAUAGCUUGUGAUUCUGGACUUAGAAAGAUCCAUGGAUAAGAACGGAUUAUCUAGUUUCUCUUAUCUGAAAAUACAACAAAUGAACGCACAUUCUUGGCGAGGUACAGUGACAUGUGUUCUCCUCAUUUUCCAUGGUAUCAUUUAUUAAUAAUCUGCUUUUUAUCCCAACAUUAAUACAUAUUAAUACAGAGGAAAUGUGCAAUAAAAGUACAGACAUACCUCGGGUUGAAGUUGCUUCAGGUUGAGCGCUUUCGGGUUGCACUCCGCGGCGACCUGGAAGUAACGGAAAACGUUACUUCUGGGUUUCGCCGCUCACGCAUGUGCAGAUGGUCAAAAUGACGGCAUGUGCGGAAGCGGCGAAUCACGAUCCACGCAGGCGCAGUUGCGGGUUGCGUUCACUUCAGGAUGCGAACAGGGCUCCAGAACGGAUCCCGUUCGCAUCCUGAGGUACCACUGUACAGUGCAUGCAAUAAAUUAACACCAUGUAAAAUAGCAUUGAAAUUCAUCCAUGGCAAUGCAUGCCCAAAGCAGCUGAUAAUGUUAGAAAAUAAUAAUAUAAUAAAUACAUACAAUAAAAUUUAACUACUUACAUAUGCAUACUUACACCUCCUCUGUUCCAUCACUUGAAAUCUUAAACCUUGCUUUGUUUAAACAAGUUUUAUAGUGGUACCUCGAGUGACAAACGCCUCAGGUUACAAACUCCUCUAACCUGGAAGAGUUACCUCAAGUUGAGAACUUUGCCCCAGGAUGAGAAUGGAAAUUGUGUGCUGGCUGUGCAGCAGCAGCAGCAAGAGGCCCCAUUUGCGAAAGCAUGCCUCUGGUUAAGAACAGUUUCAGGUUAACCUCCGGAACGAAUUAAGUUCGUAACUAGAGGUACCACUGUAUUCUCUUUUUACUCAAGGGGUAUAUAACACCAAGUGACCACAGUUUUCAGCUGGUGAAGAGGGUUCUGGCUCAUGAAAACUUAAGCCACAAUAAAUUUACUAGUAUUUAAGGUGCCACAAGAGUUUUUGUGUGUGCCGCAGUAGAACAUCUACCACAGCAUGUGAUGGUCAAGGCUACUCCUUUAGAUCAUCUGUCUCCUUUUUCACAGGAUGAAUUUGUUCAGUUGUUAUAAAAGCAAGUGUGUAAAACUGCCAGAAAUUUAACUGACAAACUGUGAAGGAAGGUUCAGGCUCGUGCAGUCAUUCUGCCACAAGGCUUCUCAUCAAAGGGAAAGUAGGGAGUUACAUGAGGUGAAAUCAUUGCUUUUAAUGAAGGCUUAAUUGAAGCUUGAUGUGGAAGGAGUGCCUGUAGCAAAGUACCUACUAUGCAGACACUGAAUUUGAAUAACUCUGAUGGAAGCUUAGUUCUUCGACAGAAAUACCCAAGGGGAGUUGACCUCUAUAAAAAGUCAACUUUUUGUUUCAAGUUGUUUUUUUAAAGUUCUAUAGGGCAAGACUGCUAAUCCUACCACAGCCACUGCAAUACAAGUAAAUGGUAACUCUUGGAUGUUUUUAAUUUAGUACACAGGAAAUCCCCGUUUACGUGGGGGUUGCAUUCUGAGGCACUGUGUGCAUCAGUGGGAUGUGCAUAAACCUAUCCGGUUCUGCCUCCCCGCCCCUUUGGGGUGCUGAAAAUGACUCGCAUAUCCGUGGUCAGACACAUGCCAAUCAUGCACAGAUGGGGAGUUCCCUGUAGUGUACUUGUCCUUUUCUCAUGAUAAGCAUAUUUAUAAAAACCAUAGUGAUCUGAGUGUAACAAAGAUGCAAACAAAACAAAAUUACAUCAGCAAGAAAAUAAGUUCUUGAUUCUGAAAUAAGACGCUGCCUGCUAAAAGUGCUUUCAACAGAUUUUUAAAGGGGGAAGUUGUCCAAUAUACAUGGAUAGCUAUCUGAUUCAGUGAGUUUAAACAAUUUGUCAAAUGGAAGCAAGGGUUUUAUAUAAUGUUAUACCUUAUGUAUACCUUAUGUGAUUGCAUACUUCAAAGGUGACAUUAUAUCCCCUGUAACACAUCAGAAAUAUUUGUCAGUGUUUUUACAUGUUGGAUUAUCCAGAUUGUUUUGUUUUUUAUUCUGUUUUUUGUCUUGGUUUGAAAUCUAGUCACUUUUGCAGUUAUGCUGUUGAUAGUUUAAUGAGUGGUUCUAAUCUCUGUUUGAGACUUGAGGCAGAGAAGGAGGCUGGCACGUGGAGCAUUGAGUAUACCACUCUACCUGCAUUUCAUAAUAAAACAGCUAGCUUAAAAUGCCUAAGGACUGCUGGCUUGCCACUAGAAAUUGAAUCACUAUAUCCACCCUGCUCCAGUAGCAAGGGCUGCCCCAAAGGAAGACCUCACAAGUUUGCAGUUCUUGCCUCUGUGAAUUAGGGUUUUGGUGGAAGAAUAUAUGAUUUAAAGAAGCAUUCCCAAGUCACAUUGGUCUUAUCUGCAUAGUGUACCAUAAUAAACCAUAUUUAAUGGUUUGCUGUGAACAUGCUGAUCUCACCUUCCUUGCUCAUCCGCAUUAAUGCACCAGAGAAACAAACCACCAUCCCUGACUUAGAUUGCGUCAGAGCUGGGGAUCAUGGCUGUUUCACGCCAAGUAAACCAUAGGAAGUCAAGGUUUUGUUCUUGGCUCCCUAAUUGCAGUUUGUCUGGAGCGAAACAUGAUCCCUCAUCCAGACACAAUACUAAGCCAGAUAUAGUGGUUUGUUUUUCCUGGGUGUUUGUGGGAAGUAGCGGAGCAGAUGAGCUCAGCACAUUCAUAGCAAACCAUUAACUAUGGUUUGCCAAGCCAUAUAGAUUGUUCCAUUUAACAGUGGUUGGGUCCUGCAAGGUACAUGAACCUCAAAUAAAUCAAAAGUGGUCAUUCUUUAACGUACUGAAUACCUUGGAGGAAGACAGGUGCAAGACAGAAUGGCUUGCAGAAUAAAUGGCUCUAGAUCAGGGUGGUCCUACAUGCUGGCUGCAGGUGGCCUGUAAGGCCUUUUUGGGUGGCCCUUGGUGGACAAGGGAAGGGGGGUCUGCAGGCCAUGCUGUUCUGUAGUGUCCUUGCAGGGUACCUGCACAGCUGGCUCCGAGAGAUGGAGUCUGUGCCAUGCUGCUUUGGUCACCCACUGGUGACAUUGGCGGUAUGGCUUCUCUGGAGCCACCUCCAUUGCACCCUUUGCCGCAGCAGCCCAUUGCUCACUCACUGUCCCGCUAACCUGGCAGAGAAGCUGAGCAGCACCUGUUUUGGCAGCAUUGUUAACGAAAGCACAUGCAUCUGUUUGUGUAUUCAAUUUUCUUUACUAAGUGAAUAUAGUAAAUAUAUUCAUUUUAUUAUAGAUAUUUAAUUAAACAUACUAAUUGCAUAUACAGUGGUACCUCUGGUUAUGUACUUAAUUUGUUCUGGAGGUCCGUUCUUAACCUGAAACUGUUCUUAACCUGAAGCACCACUUUAGCUAAUGGGGCCUCCUGCUGCCGCUGCACCGCCAGAGGACGAUUUCUGUUCUUAUCCUGAAGCAAAGUUCUUAACCUGAGGUAAUAUUUCUGAGUUAGCGGAGUCUGUAACCUCAAGCGUAUGUAAGCCGAGGUACCACUGUAUUAAAUAAUACUAACUAUAUUGCGGACACUUUAAUUUGCGAUAUGGAAAUUUAAUUCAGCAGCUGUUUCUAUGUCAAAGUACUCUUGCGGACCACUUGGUCUGAGAGGGUGGACUGCCCUGCUGUAGAUAUGGAAGAAUGAGAAUGCCAACCUCAGAGCACCUCUGAAGCUCACCUUGCACAUGUUUUAUGAUGGCUAACGAACAUUUGGGGAAAUCCAGCUAAGAAAAUAAUCAGCCAAUUAAUAAAACAAAUUAUAAUCAAAAGUGUUCAAGCAAGGUUGUAUUUUAACUGCUACCUGUUCAUACACUUUGAUUUUUUGGGGGGUGAAUUUGUGUUUAAUAGUCAUAAUUUCUUACAGAUUGUUGUAACAGAGUUAGCGCUUCAUAAACUUUCAGUUGGGUUCAGUUCACAUGUUUAAAAUAACAAAGCAACAACAUCAAAGAAAUGGGUGACUUGUUUCACACUAAUUAUAUAGCAAGAAGUGAGGGAGAAAGCGUAUUGCUUUAUUUAGUAAUGUAUGAUGAUGUCUGAACUAAUAAAUGUGGGUGUUGGUUAGUACUUGGUUAUAUAAAAGAGGACAAUGAUAUUGAGUAAGAAUAGUCCAAACUCAGCUGUCUCCCUUUGCAUAUUAGUAGUGCAUCCGUAUACAUGCCAAGAUGAAUAAUUAUUUUAGUAGAGGAUACAAUAAAAAAGUAAAUAAAACCCUGUGUUGAAUAUGCCCUUAACUGUUUGUGUCAGCCUGGUUGUUUUUUGUCAUUGAUGGUACAGUGGUACCUCGGGUUAAGUACUUAAUUCCGGAGGUCCGUACUUAACCUGAAACUGUUCUUAACCUGAAGCACCAUUUUAGCUAAUGGGGCCUUGUGCUGCCGGAGCACGAUUUCUGUUCUCAUCCUGAAGCAAAGUUCUUAACCCGAGGUACUAUUUCUGGGUUAGCGGAGUCUGUAACCUGAAGCGUAUGUAACCCGAGGUAUCACUGUAUAUUAAAUUGCCAAGGUGGGUGUUUGGGUAACACUUACUUCAGAGACACUUUUUCAUGGUGAUUGAAAUAGAGGUCUUAAAUUUCAAAACAAGAUUCUAAAACACACUGCCCAUGUUGUGAUAUGUUUCAUUUAUUUAUAUUUAUUUAAGAACAUCAGUUAAGUACAUUUGGCCUUCCAUUAGUCUCUGAAGUCUUCUCAAGGUUAGUCCUUAUCUUGCACCCUGUAAGAGAUGUCAAUUCAGCAUUGCUGAGUAAAUGCUGUUCCAGCAGAUUAUGAGCUUGAAAGUGUGUUUUGAAAGCAAUACAGUGGUUUGUUCUGUAGCACAGCAUUAUUGAGGGUAACUAAACAGCCAUGGUUUUAAUUAGAGCUUUGUUUGCUUUUUGUAAGGAAAAAAACACCUCUAUCUGUGAAGAGAUCUUCAUUGUAGGAUGCAUCUGGUUUUCCUAGUCUGAAGUACAAAACCAUGAAUCAAGUAUUUUACUGGGUUUAAGCCGUUUAGCCACUCCUGUUCAGAGUACAGUGAUACCUCAGGUUACAUACGCUUCAGGUUACAUAUGCUUCAGGUUACAGACUCCGCUAACCCAGAAAUAGUGCUUCAGGUUAAGAACUUUGCUUCAGGAUGAGAACAGAAAUCGUGCUCUGGCAGCGCGGCGGCGGCAGCAGGAGGCCCCGUUAACUAAAGUGGUGCUUCAGGUUAAGAAUAGUUUCAGGUUAAGUACGGACCUCCGGAACGAAUUAAGUACUUAACCUGAGGUACCACUGUAAUAUGGAUAUAAUGGAUAUUGGAGGGGAACCCUCUCUCAUUUUAAUCACCAAUAAUUGUAAUGUCAACAAGUAUUGAUAUUGAUUCUGCAUUCUGCUGAAUGUGCAAUUUAUUAAAUAAAUACUUUUGCAUCCCACCUUUUGGAAAAUUUCUCACAAGAUAACACUUUUCUAGUGUCUUCAUCAUGGAAGUUAUAUAUCAUGACUUAUGAAAAUUGUCAAGAACCUUGCUGGUGGCAUUCAUGACCUGGUGACCUCCAAAUUGGGCUACUGCAAUGUACUCUUAUGUGGGUCGUCCUUUUGAGAAUGGCUUGGAAGCUUCAGCUGGUACAGAAAUCUUCUGCUUUUUAUGAUCAGACUUGAACAUGUUGCAGAAUUCCGAAACAUCUCCAUUGCUCAUCUUGUAAGUUUUUCUGAAAGUGCUAUUUAUAGCCUUUAAAGUUCAAAUGGCCUGCAUCAUGAUUGUGUUGAAGAAUGCCUCUUGUCUCUUCCUCACACACCCAUUCUAAGAUCUACUGACAAUUCUCAGCUCUUUCUGGGAGCUGAGACGACAUGCUAGAACAAGGCUGGAGAACCUGCAGUCCAAUGACAUCUGCUAGGCCAUAGGUUCUCUAUUCCUGUGCUACAAGGAUCAAAGCCUUUUCGGUGGUGGCUCUGCAACUAUGGAUUACAGUCCUUCAGCAUAUCUGUGUUCUUCCUUGGUCUUGUUUUAGAGAAAAGCAAAAACACGUUUUCCAGACAUCUGGGAUUCAACUGGAAAUGUGUGCUUUUCUGUGUGUGUUGUUCAAAAUAUUUUAUAACUUUGUAUACGUAAUGUACUCCCGAAUUGUAUAUAAACUGCUUUGGGAACAUUUGUGUUAAAAGAUAAUAUAGAACAGCAAUAAAAAUAUACCUUAACCUGUUCAGAUUAAUAUAAUCAGCAGAAUUCAAAGAGAUGUGUUUAGCUAAUCAUCCAAAACAGAUAAUUUAAUUACUCAAAUAUCAAGUUUUGUAAAUCUGUUUUCACCACCCAUUAAGGAUGUGGGCUUUAAUAAAUGGAAGCUUCCUGGUUUUGCCUUGUAAAUAAGGCAGAGGAGUGGUCCAAUAGCUAGAAAUUUUGUGGAAAUGGUUAUGUGGUGAGGACAAAGGGUCCAUCAAAUGGCCAUGUAAGACUGUUAUCAUGCUGCAGUAUACGUGGCUGGCAACAAGCAGCCAUGACAACUCCUUAGCGACUCAUACUUAGGCCAUUUCUUCACCAGGAAGCUAGCCUGGUUAUUCCAGGAAUUUUCUAUCUUUGUUUAGAUUUUAACACUUGCUGAAUCCAGGAAUUGGAAUGGUCUCAGCAUACAGCCGGAACCCCUUACCCCUUAUUUUAACUGGUGUAUGGAAAACUGUGUUUUUUCUUACUUCAUUGCAAUUUUGAGAUGGAAUGAUUUCCUUGUAGAGAAAUUUUCACUGAAAACCUUGUUGAGGUAGUGGUGAUUUGUUGAGGUAGUGGUGAUUUGGCCAUAUCAGACCAGCCUGUUAUAGGCUGCUUUUGGAUGAUUUUAGGCACAUGAGUGAGAUACAAGUUUAGAAAAAGAAUAGUAUGUAUGAAAGAAUAUAUAUUGCAUUAACAACUCUGAUUUUCCUAUAGUUAACAGAUGGGAAUGAUAGAAGAGGAAAUUCAGAUGUUAAAGUUAGCAUCACUGGUCCACAGAAAACAGUUGUAGGUACCACCUGUGCUGUGAAAAACAACUUUUCCUAUGAUAGAAAUGAAUGAUGAAGUUAUCUUCUAUUUCUAGCACUCAGUUCUUAUACAGCCCUCAUUCUAUAGUUGCUUUGCUUAGCUCUAGUGUACUCUCGCUAGUGUGAUCCAGCCUGCAGCAAAUUGCUUUUGAUUCUUACCACAGUUUCAUUAGGAGUUAUAAGAGGUCUGACAUCGUAUAACUCUUUGGGUGCAGAUCUUGGACUAGUAACUAUUUUGCAGUGUAUAAAAAUGAAGAUUUAAAUAAUACAAAUGGAAUGUUCCGUUCUAUUAACAGUUUCAAGAAAAUAUACAUGACUUGGUCAAAAUGUACAUUUAUUGAUUUUUCAAUUAGAUAUUUUAAUUCUUAAACCUAUAUGAUCCUCUGAUGUAGCAAGACUAUUGUAUUGGCUUUUUGUGUUCAUAUAUUAUGGAAAUUCAAGAAUCAGAAAGUUUGCUAACUACCAACACAUAAUUUGCUUAAACUAUAUAUAUAUAUAUAUAUAUAUAUACACACACACACACACACACACACACACACACACACACACACAUAUACAGGGGCAUUUAUUUAUUUUUAAACUGAGUAGCUUGCCACAACAGAUGCAACAGAGCAUUGCUAACUCUGCAUUUGAAAGCUCUUGCAGUUAAAUUUAAUAACUACUUUAGGGGUUUUUUUUUAGUUUCUGUGAACACAUAUUACUUAUCUUGAAUUUCCAGAAAAAUAAGUGCACUCAAAUUGCCAUCUCUACCAUGACAAUCAUUGUGCCUGUUAUUAUGUUCAUCAACAGGGUUAACAUAGUGUGAGUUGCCCACAGUGUAAUUUUAUUUUGCUGCUAUGGCAAGUGGCCAAAAAUAAUACCAUUACAUAUGAUAGUAAUAGUACCCAAAUGGACCAGAAUCUACAAAUAUGGGCAAGAGCAUUUUUUAAAUCUAAUCUGAUGAAAAACCUCAUUCUGUAGAAAUAUGAGGCUCUCAAAAAUCCAGCACAGCCAGUCCUAACACCCUCCACUGCUUCUGAGCUGAGAGCUGAGGAGGAAGCCAGAGGUUCCGCCCCGCAGUUUUACUGGAUCUUGAAAACACCUUGAAAUAUACUCAGAGUCGAGAGUGGAUUUCAUGCUCUUUAUUCAGCUCAUAGUGGUGAGGAGGAAUGAAAGUCCUGUCAAAGUAUCUGCUUUAUAUAGAUUAUUUACACAAUGGGCUGCACAUGAUUGGCUAAUUCCGGAAUUCUCCUGUAGGCCAAUCAGGUUGUGAAUUCACUUCCAUCUGGAGCUGGAUUGGGUGGCUCCUGCAGACCAAUCAUACUGCUGCAUUGUUCUAGGACCAAUCAGACUGCUGCAUUCUGAAUCCUAUUGUUCUGGGACCAAUCAGACUGCUGCAUUUUGGAUCCUAUUAUUCUAGGACCAAUCACACUGCUGCAUUUUGGAUCCUAUUCAACUCACUACAUAACACACCUGAAGCAUUUUCAAAGCUGUGCAACAUCAAAGAUGAUGCCUUCAGGCAGUCAAGAUGUGCGGACCUCUGAAUAUGGUGCUUUGGCAUAUUUGUGGUAGUUGGAUAAGUAGCUUGGCACAACAUAUACCAAAGGAGUUUCAGAAAAUCAGUAUUGUAGAAACCCCAAACGUAAGUAAUUGUCACAUUAGUCCUAUGAAUACAAUUCUAUGAUUCUAUGUUUUCUUAGAAAAACCCCAGUGUGUUCAGUGGACCUAGUAAGUGUGACUUACAAUCAUAGUUUUAAACUGACAGAAGGUUUGUUUGUUUGUUUGUUUGUUUGUUUGUUUGUUUGUUUGUAAGUAAGUAAGUAAGUAUUUUUAGUCACUGUUUAUGUAUUUAUUUGCUCAGCAUUCAAAAUUAGCCAGGCACCAGUCACAUUUUGCAACAGGGAGCUGGCCUUUUGCAACUGGAUGGAGAUGUCCGGAUGCCACCCUUGGCAUCUAGCAUCUCCAUUUGCCUGGCUGCAGUCGCCUUGUCUGCUGGGCACAGCAGCAGCAAAAGACACACAUCUGUUGCUGCCACACUACCCUGCAAACCACCGGAUUUGCCUGGCAGCAAUCAAUCAAUCAAUCAAUCAAUCAAUAGCUGCUGAUGAAUCAGGUUUCUGCAGGGUAGCACGAUAGCAAAAGACGUGUCUUUUGCUGCAGCGCUACCCUGCAAACCACCUGAUAAGCCUGGCAGCAUGUGUGUAUGUGUGUAUAUUAUUGCUGCUGGGCUGCCUGGUCUGCUAGCGUGGCAGCAAAAAUAAUAAUAAUGGCGCCUAGGCAUUUUGUUUUGGCACCCACAACCUAGGUCCCAGGAGCCACAGGGCUCCUAGCUUUCCUAUCCCAGUUUCUAAAACUAUUUGCUUGGUAUUAUUUGCUGGUGUUGUCUUUUUAUAUAUAUAUAUAUAUAUAUAUAUAUAUAUAUAUAUAUAUAUAUACAAACAAACCUUUACUGUAAUUAUUCCACUAAUUUUACAGAAGAGUGUUCGAUACUAAAUUUUCUGUUAGUGUGCUAAUGAUACCAAGGUCAGAAUGAUUAUGUUAUACUGUGUCCUUCUUAGCUCACUUAGUGUAAUAAGACUUCCUCAUUAGUUCUGUUCAGCCAACCUUCAGUAUUGAUAGUAUGACACUUAUUUCCUAAGGCUUUGCCUCCAAGUAUUUGGAUUUCUCAUGUGACCAUUCUCACUAGCAUUCAAAGUACUUCUACCUAAGUUUCCAUAUAUUUAUUAUGCUUCACCCUGCCCCACAAUUGAAUAUGUUUCUCCCCGUCACCCCAAAACUUAGUUGUCACCCUAUCAGGGUUAGGAGUAACCGGGUGGAAGAAAAUGCCAGUUUCUCACUUACUCUAGUUCACUGACAUUUAAUUCCUCCUUCUAGUAUUGACAGUGAGCUUAAAUGCAGCCUGUGGGGAAGAGCAGGGAGAAAAGGGGGAAAUAUAUAUGGUGCAAGAGGAACUAUUGGAGUGUAAUAAGCUAAGUGCUGAAGACACAGCGGGCAAGGCAUGGCCAACAGGUCUUAACUAUUUGGAGCAACUGUACUGUAUAUUAAAUCUACAACUUUGUGUUCCCCCUAGGCCUAGAGCAGGCUUCCUCAACUUGGCCCUCCAGAUGUUUUUUGGCCUACAACUCCCAUGACCCCUAGCUAGCAGGACCAUUGGUCAGGGAUGAUGGGAAUUGUAGUCUCAAAACAUCUGGAGGGCCGAGGCUGAGGAAGCCUGGCCUAGAGGAAGGUGGAGCAUAAAGUUUUAGAUUUAAUACUGUUGCUCUAGUCUAAAUGCUUAUGAGAGGAAGAGAGUGAAAGCUUCCACUUUAUUUCUCCAAGAAUAACUUAAGUUUGAAGAUGUAUUAUCUCUAGUUAGCUAAUGCUGAUGCUUAGUCAUCCCAAAUGUUCCCAGUGGACCUGCAGAACAGAGCUGGGGGUCCUUUGUCCCUUCAGAUGUUGUUGGGACUCUAGUUCUCAUCAGUCACAGCCAAUGGUUAGUUAUGAUGGGAGCUGUGGUCCAGAAACUUCUGAAGGACCAAAGGUCCCCCAGCAUUGGUUUAGAAUGUCAAAGGAUAAAAGCAGCAUCCUAAAUUGAGCCCAGAAACGAAUAGGCAGCUAGCAUAAAUGGCACAGAAUAGAUGUUACAUGAUCCAAACACCUAGUGUUCUGGCUGCUGCAUUCAGCACCAGUUGUAAUAGCCAAACUGUCUUCAAGGGCAGCCCCAUGUAAGGUGUAUUACAGUUAUCAAACCUGGACAUAACAAGCCCAUGUGUAAACCGAGGCAAAGUUGAGCAAGCUGGUAACAGGCACACAGUACGGAUGAAUAAAAUAGUAUGGAUGUUGCAUAGUAUUUUAAACUGGAUGAUCCUUCUGUAUGGAAUUAGUGUACUAAAAGAGUAGUGUUGGUUAAGCAAGCAAAAAAAGAUGCAUCUAUUCAUUUAUUUGAUAUACUCUUGACUUGUGCAGUUUGUAAAUUAGAGACUGAAAGAAAAUGGUUCUCCUCAGUCUUUUCACUUAUAGUAGUCUCCUAUGUCUUGUUGCAGUUAUUCAGCAGCUGAAAGUGUUUUAUAUAUAUCUUGACAAUCUAGAGCAGACUGUCAUAGCUCUGUAUUUAACACAACUUCUAAAAUUUGAAAGCUUAGUGACCCACAGUGAUUUAAUUGGUUCUUAAUAUAGUAUGACAUCGAAUAAGCCAAAAUCUGACAGUGGGUUUCGUAUGUAUACAUGAAGCCUAACCUCCUAGCAGGGUCUCCUGAAAUGAAUUGAAGUUUCAGAAUAUCAUCUUGCUUGAUUUCACCAUUUGUUCGUUCAUUAAGCAGACCAUUUUCAGAUUCUGCUAAUCUGCAGUUUAUAUUUUCAUUCAUUACAUUUAUCCUUCAUCUUUCUCCUAGGAGCCCAAGGUAGCAUGCCUGUUUCUUCCACUCCCCAUUCCACCACAUUUUAUCCUCACAACAUCUCUAGGAACACAAAGUUGGCCCCCCAGAAAAUGCAAGCAGACAGUAAGAAAUGCUACUAAAGAAUUUGAGGAGCACAUUGCUAAAAACAUUAAGACCAACAGGAGUAAGUUCUUUAUAUAUAUAGCCGUUGCCCGUCUAGGUAUGCAGUUGGACUGAGUUUUGUGAGUGUUAUUCGGCAUUCCCCUCCCAAAAAAGGUCAACAACUCUGGGCAGUCCUCCCCAAAAGCUGAACCAACUCUGGGCCAUCCCCCCCCCCCCAUUUUCUUAAAUUGGAGUCCCCAAAAGUAGGGGUUGUCUUAUAGAAUAGAAUCAUAGAAUCAUAGAAUCAUAGAGUUGGAAGAGACCACAAGGGCCAUCGAGUCCAACCCCCUGCCAAGCAGGAAACACCAUCAGAGCACUCCUGACAUAUGGUUGUCAAGCCUCUGCUUAAAGACCUCCAAAGAAGGAGACUCCACCACACUCCUUGGCAGCAAAUUCCACUGUCGAACAGCUCUUACUGUCAGGAAGUUCUUCCUAAUGUUUAGGUGGAAUCUUCUUUCUUGUAGUUUGGAUCCAUUGCUCCGUGUCCGCUUCUCUGGAGCAGCAGAAAACAACCUUUCUCCCUCCUCUAUGUGACAUCCUUUUAUAUAUUUGAACAUGGCUAUCAUAUCACCCCUUAACCUCCUCUUCUCCAGGCUAAACAUGCCCAGCUCUCUUAGCCGUUCCUCAUAAGGCAUCGUUUCCAGGCCUUUGACCAUUUUGGUUGCCCUCCUCUGGACACGUUCCAGUUUGUCAAUGUCCUUCUUGAACUGUGGUGCCCAGAACUGGACACAGUACUCCAGGUGAGGUCUGACCAGAGCAGAAUACAGUGGCACUAUUACUUCCCUUGAUCUAGAUGCUAUACUCCUAUUGAUGCAGCCCAGAAUUGCAUUGGCUUUUUAGCUGCCGCGUCACACUGUUGGCUCAUGUCAAGUUUGUGGUCAACCAAGACUCCUAGAUCCUUUUCACAUGUACUGCUCUCAAGCCAGGUGUCCCCCAUCUUGUAUUUGUGCCUCUCAUUUUUUUGCCCAAGUGCAAUACUUUACAUUUCUCCCUGUUAAAAUUCAUCUUGUUUGUUUUGGCCCAGUUCUCUAAUCUGUCAAGGUCGUUUUGAAGUGUGAUCCUGUCCUCUGGGGUGUUAGCCACCCUCCCAAUUUGGUGUCAUCUGCAAAUUUGAUCAGGAUGCCCUUGAGUCCAUCAUCCAAGUCGUUGAUAAAGAUGUUGAAUAAGACCGGGCCCAAGACAGAACCCUGUGGCACCCCACUAGUCACUCUUCUCCAGGAUGAAGAGGAACCAUUGAUGAGCACCCUUUGGGUUCGGUCAGUCAGCCAGUUACAAAUCCACUGAGUGGUAGCAUAGUCAAGACCACAUUUUACCAGCUUCUUUACAGGAGUGUGUUAUACAUAGAAAAAUACAGUAUUUAGGGUUAAUUCUGGAAAUGUAUACUCAAUUCUAAUGUAUAUUGUGCUCUAGGAGGCUUAGUUCAUUCAGAAUCGAGGAUAAACUUUCAGAGUUAACACUGAAUACAGUGGUACCUUGGUUUACAACCAUAAUCCGUUCCGGAGGUCCAUUUGUAAACCAAAACAGGUUGUAACCAAAGAUGUGCUUUUGCCAAUGGGGCCUCCAAAAAAAUUUGUUCGUAAUCCCAAAAAAAUUGGGUUGCAAACCAGGACACGCACUUCUGGCUUUGAGGUGUUUGUAAUCCAAAGUGUAUGCAAACCAAGACGUAUGCAAACCAAGGUACCACUGUACAUGACUUCUGGUAAAGGAGCCACCUUAGACGUUAGGGGGCCAUGAAAAUUUGUGCCCCAGACUUUCUAGACUUGUCUACUCAUGUACUAUUUGAAACCCAAGGGGCACAUUGGUUGCCAGAUGUGAAUCCCCCCCAGCUCUCCCUCCCCCCCACUAAGAGCGGUCUUGUGCACAGGCCCUGCUUAUGAGCUUCCCCCAGGCACCUGGCUGGCCGCUGUGAGAAGAGGAUUCUGGACUAGAUGGGCCAUUGGCCUGAUUGAGCGGAUUCUUCUUAUGUUGAUAAUAUUCUUUUAAAAGUGCAAGUUUAAACCUUAUGUCAUUGUUUAGACUAGUAUUACAGUAGCUAAAUUAUGAUUAUGCUAAAAAAAACACACCACCCGAUGCCAAUAUUAAGCACCACUUCUCCUCACCCCCGGAGUAGAUUAGUAUGCUGAUUGUCGUAAUACUUCUGGAUGACACACGUAUAAACAUUUCCGUGUGAUUUGUCCCUGUAAAAAUAAAUCAGAUUCCUAAGUUACUGCAUUGGAUGAAUUUCUGGUCCCAGCCCCAAAGGAAAUGAUGAGGUGCAAGUCUCUGCUAUGGCCACACGGGGUCAUCCUGAGACUACUAAAUGCAAGAAAUGUAGGGUUUCCACCAAGAUUCCUUCAUUGUUUAUAAUAUUCAGUAACCCAAGGAUUAUGGAAGAACAAUUUGCAGUCAACAGUAUGUUUAUAUAAAUGAUACUAUGGAUACAAUUUUCUGUCUAUUUGCUUACAAGAAAUUAAAGUUACAUCAUAACAAUUAAAAACAAAACACAUAGUAAGUUAAUAGUAUCUUAGUGGGCUUUGGAAUUUUUGAGGAAGAAAUGCCCAAGCUUUUAAUCUUUUCCUAUUUGAUCCAUUGUAUCAUGUAACUAGACUCCAGAAUUUUUAAGUCAUUCAUGUUGACUGUGUUUAUUAUGCUGAGUAAACUAGGCACACUGAAAUUGAACCCUUAUCUUGGUGCCUUGGCUGCAGUCCUGUAUGCUGUUACGUAACAGUAACCCCCAUUAAAUUAAGUGGGAUUUACAUCUGAGCAGACAAGUGUAAGAUUUGGGCUGUUGGUAAAGCAAUAACACAUUCCUGUUUGCUCAUGUAAAGUAAUGUUCAGUUAUAUAAAAAUUACAAUUAAUUGCCAAGAUGCAAUUCAUGUUGAUUAAAAAAAAAUGAGGUGGCUGAAAAAGAAUGUGCAUAAGGGAGGGAGAUGUAUUUCCUUUCAGUGGAUGCUGUAUGUUAAGGAUUUUUUUAUGCCUUGUCCUUAAAGAAUGAGAGGAAUGGGAAGGACAUGUACAAAUAUUUUUAGUAGUGUAUAUUAAGGCAAUCCUCAUUUAAUUCAAAUGCUCUUUGAUCGGGGGGAAAAGUGUAAGACCACAAAUAGUAAAGUCAGCAUUAAAAUCAGAAAGCAGUGCAAAUAACAGACACAAGCAUACAAGUGUUGAACAAAAUGCAUUAAAUGAAAUGUCUGAACAUAAGACUCUUGGUCUUUUCAAAGAAGACUGCUAGGCUGUGAAAACGUGUGGAGGAUCUAACCACAAUUGGAAAGAUAUUUUCAGGUGUGUAGGUAUCAUUGCUAAGCAAUAUGUACUUGAACUUUAUUAUAAGGAUUAGCAAACCAGUGUUGAUCUCAUCCUGUUUGGUUUUGCUACACACACAGACAUAUUGCCCUCAGGCAAGAGGUUGGAAGCUUUACCUCGGGUUACGUACUUAAUUUGUUCUGGAGGUCCGUUCUUAACCUGAAACUGUUCUUAACCUGAAGCACCACUUUAGCUAAUGGGGCCUCCUGCUGCCGCUGCGCCGCCGGAGCACGAUUUCUGUUCUCAUCCUGAAGCAAAGUUCUUAACCUGAAGUAUUAUUUCUGGGUUAAUGGAGUCUGUAACCUGAAGCGUAUGUAACCCGAGGUACCACUGUAUAUGACAUAAUAACAAAAUAACUACUUUAUAUUGACAUAGCAAUUUAAGUCUAACUAUUCAGAACAAGGACUCAAAGGGGGAAGUGCACGAGUAAGGCAGGUGUUAACGCUGGAGUGGGUCAUUAAGAACCCCCAGUGCUUGAGGCAAUACUUCCUAAUAUGAUUUCAUAUUUUUUCUACAUUAAAUAAAUACUGACAAAUAAAUAUCUUUGUUAAAUGAUGCUUUUACUGAAAUUAAGGCUCUUUCUGUGCUGAGGUUGCCUGUGUGUUAUUUUAAGACUAGAGAUCAGAGCAAUCCAGCUCUGUUUGUCUUCUAAUGCCAGCGUUGGGAUUCAUAUACUGGUGCAUAGAUCCUUACGCACAGCAGCCUGUCUGCAAAACUCUGUGCAUGCUCAUUGUGCUAGGCUGGGGCGGGGCAGAACAGAACGGGACAUGUUUUGAAGAGAGGGCCCAUAUUGAAGAAGUCUGAGAGAGACUGCUGUAGACAGAAGAAAGCAAGAGCAAGCUUAUUGGGCAUGUUUUGUGUGGGAAGAAAUAGGCCUCUAUAGUGGAGUGGAUGGAUAUAACCCACGUUUGAGGGUAGAUUUACUCGGCUUAGGCAAUCCAUGCUAUGUCAGCAAUAAUACCCAGCAGGAAAAUAUUUAAUUACAGUACAGUGGUACCUCUGGUUACGUACUUAAUUCGUUCCGGAGGUCUGUUCUUAACCUGAAACUGUUCUUAACCUGAAGCACCACUUUAGCUAAUGGGGCCUCCUGCUGCCGCCGCUCCGCGAUUUCUGUUCUCAUCCUGAAGCAAAGUUCUUAACCCGAGGUACUAUUUCUGGGUUAGCGGGGUCUGUAACCUGAAGCGUUUGUAACCUGAAGCGUAUGUAACCUGAGGUACCAUUGUAAAAUAAUUCUUAAGAAAAUAGUUAUUCCCCCUCAUCUUCAUUUUUCACUGCUUACAGGACGUUUUUGCUUUUUUGUGUUGUAAACUUAAUUUGAGCCUAGAGUUGUGAACAUUUUUUUGGUGCUUUUUUUGGUGCAACAAUGGUAUUCUAUUAAUUUUCUGUGGAACUUAAUUCCGUUCAUGUGUGUUUUGGAUCACAGCCUACCUACCACCUGAUCCUGUUAAGCAGUUUUCACUAUAAUUCUAGAAGCGAUGGAUCUAAAUAGGGUCUGUAACCUGAAGCGCAUGUAACCCGAGGUACCACUGUAGUUGCUUUCAGAGUCUUCCGACUGAAAGGUGGGGGUUUUUUUAAAUGUGUUCUGCAUCUUUAUACAAGUAAUAUCUAGGUUGGAUGACUGUAACAUGCUUUAUAUCAUGGGUGGGCAAACUAAGACCCGGGGGCCAGAUCCGGCCCAAUCACCUUCUCAAUCCGGCCCGCAGAUGGUCCGGGAAUCUGCAUGUUUUUACAUGAGUAGAAUAAUAAUAAUAAUUUAUUAUUUGUACCCCGCCCAUCUGGCUGGGUUUCCCCAGCCACUCUGGGCGGCUUCCAUAGAAACCAAAAAUACACUAGAAUGUGUGCUUUUAUUUAAAAUGCAUCUCUGGGUUAUUUGUGGGGCAUAGGAAUUCGUUCACCCCCCCCAAUAUAGUCUGGCCCCCUACAAGGUCUGAGAGACAGUGGACUGGCCCCCCUGCUGAAAAGGUUUGCUGACCCCUGCUUUAUAUGAUGCUAUUCUAAAACAGACCUUACUUACCUGAGUGGUUUGUCCUGUAAAUACUGAUUAGGCUACUCUUGUGUUGUUAAAUUUCGCAAAAAUAUUUUGCAAAAAUGUGACAGUUGGAAUGCUUAUAAAAACAAGAUAAUAAAAAAUUAAGUAUUUAACUAGUUUUUAGGUACUUGUUGUGAUUUUGCUAAAAUGGGUUUUUCCUCUUUUGAUGUUUAUUAGCUGUAGAUGGAUUUCUGAAAACUGAUGAAAGACAAAGACUAGCCAGGGAAAGAAGAGAAGAAAGGGAAAAGUACCUUGGUAAGUUGACACUUUUCUUCCUUGAAUGUAUCUGGACAGCCUACUCUGGGGAGGCAUCCUUGAGGAUCUAGGUGGCAGACUUUAAGCCUAAUUUUCCAGAGGUUGGGGGCAUGUUCCCUAGUCUUUCCUGCACUGACGAUGGCUCUGGCCUGUUUUCUCAGUUUAGAAUCAGAGGCAUUUAUUUUUUGAAAAAAUAAAACAGGGACUGCUAAGCAUCAACUGCAUAGACCUCCUCUAUGUGCCCUGCUAGGCCAGACUAUUUAGGAUAGUUUGGCUUGGGAAGGUUCUUGGCAAGAACAAAAGUUCUUAGGUCCUCUUCCAUACAACAUUCACCCCCCAAACCUCAGCCUCUCGCCUUCCAGUCUGUAGGGUGGUGGACUUCUCCAGUUAGCUGCUUACGUGUUUGAGGAAAGCUUUACUUUCAUUUAUGUCCAAGGUUAUCAAUUGUUACUGAAUUUUCCACUUAACGAUUUAGAAGAGUUGAACCACUUGACUGCUUCAGUGUGUGUGUGUGUGUGAGAGAGAGAGAGACAGAGAAUGUACAUUUGCACUUCAAAAAACCCAAGCCAUGCUAGUGGACCAAGACUUCCUUUUUUUGUAUGCUGUGUCAUUCUCUUUCAAUAUGUAUGGCACUUCAUAGAUUUGUAUUCUACAUCAGAAUAGGAGAAUCUCUCUCUUUAUUGAAGCUGCUAGGGAACAGCAAAUCUUGGAAAAAGAAAGGAGAGCAAAGCUUCAGUAUGAAAAGCAAAUAGAAGAACGAUGGAGGAAGCUGGAGGAGCAGAGGCAGAGGGAGGAGCAGAAAAGGGCGGCUGUUGAAGAAAAGAGAAGACAGAAGCUCAGAGAAGAAGAGGUACGCAGUGCUUUAGCAUCCUGUCCUGGAGGUGGGGACCUGUUUCAGCUGGUUUGGAGCAUGCCGAACCUUCUGGGAGCCACAUUACUAUAGGAGGUGGGGCAAAACAAAAUACCUCAUCAAAAUGAAAAAAAAAUAUUCACCUGUGCCACCCCUUGUCACAAAUGCACAUUCCCCAACCCUCUUUCCCUCUCUUGCUCUUUUUGUACACAUACGUGCUUACAAGCAGUCACACACUCAUUCACACACCCUCUCUCAGUAGUGGGCAGCUAGGUGGGGUAGGGUGCUGACCUGACCUUUAAUCGGCUGCUUCACAGCUACUUACUGACAGGUAGAGGAGGAGGUAGAAGUGAGGUUAGUGCAGUGCAAGCAUACCAACAAAGUCAAUCCAUUGCUUCCUGGAUUGCAGAUAGAUGCAUGUCCAUGGGACUCACAUAGAGGCAAGUGUGUAUGGGUUAACAAAAAGAAGAUGCUGAGCAACAGAAGGCCAAGCUGUAGAUGUAGAGAUCAGUAGUAAUAACCAGCUAGCGAUUCAGCUGCAAGUAUGAGGUGUGUUUUUUUUUAAACAGCUGUGGCUCUUUUUGCUGAAGGGGGAGGGAGUGGUAUGCAGAGAGAUGCCACCAAGUGACAUUAAACUGUCUGGUGCCAUUAAGAUGCUAGACAGGCCUCUGUGACACAGGGUACCAAAUGCGGCGGGCAGGAACAAGGUGUAGGUAGGCAAGCUGCUGCAGCAUGUCUAGAUCUGGAAGUUGGGUGUCACUGAGAGAUGGACAUAGGAGUUGUUGCACUGGAUAAUAAUGGAUCAGUGACUGCAUGGGCACAGUAGGGGCUUGGAGAGACUUGAGAUCAUGGUGGGUGGUUGCUCUAUCUUGGGAGCAGUGGGAAGAUGAACCUCUGUCAUCUUUCCUUUGACUCCCAAAAUUGUAGGUUAAGGUUGGUUGCCUAGAGCUGUUUCUGUGAACAUUGAUGCAUUGAUAGCUGCUCUGAGCCCGGCCUUGGCUGGGGAGGGCGGGGUAUAAAUAAUAAAAUAUUAUUAUUAUUAUUAUUGAGGGGGGGGGACACAAGUCAUUUUUGAGUUUUUUAGAAAAGCAUGCUGUGGCUCUUCCUCGUUGAUGCAGUUUUUUGGUAAUAGUGAGAGUUGACUGGGUUACCUUCUGAACCAAUAAGUGCUUGGCCUUUGAGGUGCAGUUUAGCCUUUGGGUUUGGCUUAUGAACGUCCUAAAUGACUACCAGUUUCUCUAAGUCACAAAAAGCUUAACUUGGACAGCAUAUUGAUAAGUGACCCUUUUGUCCUUUAUCAUGAGGAUUUAUUAUUCAGGCCCAUGCCUAAUAUGUGCUAGGCUUUGUACAAAAGUAACAAAGUACAAGUCAUUGCUUACCAGCUUUGCAGUUGAUGUGUAAGUUAUUGGUAAGAACCCACAGAUCACUAGUUCGGUUCCCAGAAGUGGGUCUAUGUUAUUCCUUGAAAGUCUGAAAGCCUUUCUAAGCAAACCAACAACUUCACCUUGCCGGUAGGAGUAUCGUUUGUUAUAAAGCCACCUGAUGUUAGUGUUCACCCUGCAUGUAGAAAGCUAACCAGUUAGUGAUAAAACACUUCUCUGUGAUGAAUAGGUUUGCCAUGUGCACUGCUCUUAAAAUAAGCUGUCCCUCUCAUUGCAGUCUUGGGUUUUAUGGGUCCAUGAAGGGGACUAUACCAUAUGCCCUGGCUGGAUGCUUGAAUCACUUACUCUCCAUCCCAUAUUGGUGAAACGUAGAAUUCAUUUACCAUGUGAAAAUUUACUGUAUUUUUAUUUUGCCCUUCCUCCUGUCAAGUCACUCUAUUUUAUCCUCAAAACAAUCCUGUAAGGUAUAUUAUCCAGAGAGAUUGUGACUGUGAGCUUUGUGACUCAGCAAAGAUUUGAAUGAUUGUUUCCCUGUUCCAAAUGCAACACUUCCAUUGGACAAGGAUAAACAAAUACUACCCAUGGAAUAUAAAAGCCAGGUCUGAAAGUUCAGUAUCAUAUUCCAGGGUUGCCAUCUGCUGUGUGACAAAGGAAUGUUACUUGGGAAACAGAUCAGGGGGUGGAGUGUGGGGUGGGAAGACAAUUUAUAGGGAUCACCCUUGGAAGGAGAAAUUAUGAGGGGAGAAAAAAUGGAGUUUUUUUUUAUUUCCCCCACCCAUAAAAAAACUUGACACAAUUUUAGCUAAUGGAAAAAAAUUAAUGAAAACACCUAGCUAUAGUAAAUAAAAAACAUUAAUUCUUAAGUUGCUUAGCGGGUUUUCAGGUUCUUGUUGCUUUUUUUGAAAAAAAUAAAAAUAAAACGCCACCAAACUGGUGAUUGCAUACAUUAAAGGAAGGUUUCUGUGUGAUUGGAAGGAAUCAUUGCAGCAACUGAGCUUCACCACUGAGGCAGAAGACAUAGCUCUGCUGAGAUGACAGAGUUAAUGCUUUCUCAUGCAUUAUUCUUAAACAAAUUAAGCCCAGACAGAGCCACAGCAGCAAUCUUGCCAGCAGGAGCAGAUGCUUGGAGGUGAUGUAACUUGUGUUGCUAACUUCAGCCUCUGUACUGACCUCAGUAGUGACUGCAGACAAAGGAUACAUAUAUUUUGAGGUGAGUGGACAUGCCAGUGCCUUCUUUGCUCACUUCUCUUUACAGUAUUGGUAAAAGGACCAUUUUGAGCACUGCUUGUAUGUACAGCCGGGAUAAAGAUUGAGUCUUUUUCUCCCCCCUCUCCCUGUGACAAGGGCUCUUUAAGAAAGUCAGACCUGGAUUCAGUUGUUGUUGCUUUCUGCAAUAAUUGCUUAGGAACGAUUAGAGGCUAUGAUGCGGCGAUCCAUGGAAAGAAGUCAGCAGCUGGAGCAGAAACAGAAGAGAUGGUCGUGGGGAGGAGCACUGGCUGCAGGCUCAGGCGACAGAGAUGGUGAGUGAAGCAGGCUGGCUGCAUUGCAGAUUCCAAACUGCAAAGGCUUGGGAUUAAAAAAAGAAAGCUGCAAAAUCUGUUGUGACAGUAGACUGCGAUGUGUAUGGGAGGGGUUGUCGAGGUGCAUCAUUCAAAAAAGGAUUUUGAGACUGCUUACUGUAUUUCAUGCCCUGGUAUCUUAUUGGAAAUGGGCCAACGCCGAAGUUUCUCUACGCAGAUUAUAUACCGGGCGUGGGGUAGGGGGAAUUAAGACACCAUGGAAAAUAAACCACUGCAUUGUCAGUGGCUAUAGGCUCUGUGUGACAUUGCAGAACGCAAUUUAUUUUUAGCUCAGGCACUCCUAAAAUCUCAGGGGAGACUUCUCCAUGAUUGUGCAGUAUUUACUGCUGGAAAUGAAUUGUUCUCUUUACCCUUUUUCUCUAGCUGCUCUCUUUUCGGUUCCGUUUCAAAGCAAGCUUCCUUUUUUUUAACCACCAACCAUGUAUUAGCUUUUAUGUUGUUCAGAAAUCAUUUAAAUUUGUUGUGAAUUCACCAGCUUUUCCCAAUAGGUUUUGUUCAUGUGAAAUAUCUCCCAAGUGAUAAUACAGCUGCCCAAAAAGUAUAAGCAUCCCUGUUUAAGCUGAAGUCUUUGGUAUGAUCCCUCCCCCCCCCCACAAGGCAGUACAGAAAAAGGAGAAGGAUGAUCUCUUAACAUUUCCAGAAACAGGCUUAUUAAAAUACCUCCUAUAUUGUUUGGGAUUUUAAUGUUAUUGAUGUGAUCUAUCACCUCUUUGCUCUGAUUUUUUCUGUUGUUGUGUAGGUGAAUCAGAAAAUACCCCACCCCCUCUAGGUUUAGCUGCCAACACCCUCCUUCCAGACUCUGUGGCCUCAACUGCUGCUGCUGAUUCCGCCAAUGGUAUUUGAGAGUCUCACAGUGCCAUAGUGUCGUUUAUCACUUUUAACACAUCCACCAAUUUUGUCCUCCCCCCUAACUUCCUGUGUGUUCUUUGUUGUUUCAGUUCAAUCCUUGACAGCAUUGUUACCAGAAAUUCUGGAUUCAGUUCCCCCAAGCGUCACUGCUGCCAUUUCUUCGGGGAGGGGAACCUGUGGCCAUGUAGAUGUCGCCGGACUACAAGUUCCAUCAUCCCUUACCAUUGGCUGUUCUGGCUAGGGCUGGUGGGAGUUGGAGUCCUGCAACAUUUGGAGGGCUACAGGUUCCCCUCCCCUGGCUUAGAGUUUGGGCAACACAAAUGCUGUUGCAAUGGAGGCUUUGUGGCAAGAGGGCUUGGUGGAUUGCACCCAUGAACUUCACUGUCUGGUGUUGUUGUUUUGUUAUAAACGAAGCAAUGCAUGCUUGGCAUUCCAACGUCAUAAUGGUGAUUUGAAUCCUGUUCCUACUAGAUGUUGUCAAGUUCAUUUCCUUUUUUCCUAAUGUGGGACAUACACGUGCCAUGUGUACUGUGUGCCUUUUGAAUAGCUUCUCUAGGUGGGGACGGGACUAGUUUAAAACAUUUCAGUUACAAUGAACAAGUUACAAUAUGAACAAGUAGAAUUAAUUCCCAGUUACCUUUAGGAGCCAUGCACCUAUCACCUAAUAAUAGAAUGGAUCGUUAUUUGAACCCUUAUUUUGAAUUAAGUCCAAUAAGACUGUUCUGGGGGUUCUCCUGGCCCUCCCAUAGUGAAGUGCAGGGGGCAUUGACAUGGAAUGGAAGGGAAGGGAAGGAGAACCAACCAACUGAGCAGAAGGGGGUAGCUUCAUCCCUAUCAUUGGUCUGUUUCCACUAGAUAGAAGGGAUAGGGCAGUGCAGUGUGACAGUGAAGCAACACGACCCUCUCCUGCACAGUACAUUUGACCAAGCAGAAGUAAGCAAGGGGAGUGCAAUCCACUGCCUUCUCCCAAGUUCUACAGGUGUGCACCUAGAACCUAGAGAUGGGGAUUGCAUGUCUUCUGAGUUGCACAUAGCACAAUUGCAGACCACCCCCCAUGAAGCUCUUAAUCUCAGAGUUGUGGGUUCAAGCCCCACAUUGGGCAAAAUAUUCCUGCAUUGCAGGGGGUUGGACUAGGUGAUGCUUGUGGGUCCGUUCCAACACUACAAACUCUAUGAUUCUGUGACUUCCUUAGUCAGGUGGCCCUAUGGGUCAUUGUGUCUGGCUGUUAACCAGAAGCUUGGUGGUUUGAGCCCAACCUCUGACUUCUGUGUCCUGAUGUUCUUAACAUCUAGAGUUUCACACCUUCCUUUAGUCCCAUCCAGGAUAAUCAGUGGUCAAGGAUGAUGGGAGUUUUAGUGCAGCCUAACUGGAGGGCCACAGGUUCCCCAACACUGUUCUAAAGCUCUGAAUUGUUUGACAAUUGUGGGAAGUCUUCCAGCGUCAACACGGCGUAGGCAAAAAGCAGGAUAUGUUUGUCGCAUCACUGUUGCUUAAAUAAAAGUAGAGUUAAUUUUUAUUCAUUUUUGUUGUUCUUUAGUACUAUCCCCCCCCCCAGUCACUAUAAGAUAAUCUUACACCAUACUGUAACACUGAAAUGUUUGUAAGCCAAAAGUCUGUCUUGAAUUAUACCUCACAGACAGACAGGGCGAGCAGCUCCAGCCUGUGGAUUUUAUCAGAUGUGCUUUAUUCUUUGUGCUGAUUCAUUCACAAGGUCCACAGUAACAAAAUUAAAGGUUAGCUGUGGGAGCAUUUGGCACUGUGGAAUGAAUAUAAAUGUCUUCAAUGCAUCUCUCUGCAGCAUGUGACAAACUUUCAGCUUCUACAAUGAAUCUGCCAAAGCAAAUGGAGUCGCCUAUCAAUAAGCGCCUCUCCCACUCCACAGCAACAAUAACAUGUUCCCCUGACAGAGGCAAGUGAAUGUGCUGCUCAUUGUCGCACCAGAAAUGAUCUCUCUCCUUUUGUGUUUAAAGUGCAUCUCUCUUUUUCUCUCUUCUCCAUCCCCAGCCCCCCAGCCCCUUCCUUUCUCAGUUGGUUAAUCCUCUGAAGGCAGUAAUGUUUACCAGAAAUCACUUCACUUUUCUUUUUUUGGUUAAGUAUAUUAAGGAAACUUUCCCUUAGAAAACGAAGAGUCCUGUUUUCAGACAUUUCGGUAUUGCUUAGGUAGGAACUUGAAAUUUUAAAACAGGCAUCAAAGCUGCUUUUUCUCUCUCUCUUCAGGUAUAAAUAAAAUUUAUUAUUAUUAAAACCUCGUCCAUUUCAGUAGUUCUAAGAAGUAUAGCCUACAACCAUAGUGGUUUGAUUUUUAAUUUUGACAUUUUUCAUUACCAGAUAUGCCAAGAAACAAGUAUUUCCCUUAGGGGAAAAUUUGGAUGGCUAAUAGAUGGCCUCCAUUGUAUACCUGUGGCACUCAAGCUGUAGGACAGGUCACUCCCAGAGUGGAGUACCUUGUCGCAGUAGAUGCGCAGGUGGAUUUCUAGGCAAUUGUGGAACUUGUAGGAAAGGGUGUCCCGUGCCUCUUGAAUCUCACUGAUCCACACAGUAUUUGUGGAGUUAGCUGCAUGUAGGAGAAGAGCAGCUGCUUUGUUCUCAUGACGGUUGCCUGUGUGUUAUUUUAAGAGUAGAGAUCAGAGCAAUCCAGCUCUGUUUGUCUUCUAAUGCCAGUGUUGGGAUUCAUAUACUAGUGCAUAGAUCCUUACGCACAGCAGCCUGUCCGCAAAACUCUGUGCAUGCUCGUUGCGCUAGGCUGGGGCGGGGCAGAACAGAACAGGACAUGUUUUGAAGAGAGGGCCCAUAUUGAAAAAGUCUGAGAGAGACUGCUGUAGACAGAAGAAAGCAAGAGCAAGCUCCUUGGGCAUGUUUUGUGUGGGAAGAAAUAGGCCUCUAUAGUGGAGUGGAUGGCUAUAACCCACGUUUGAGGGUAGAUUUACUCGGCUUAGGCAAUCCAUGCCAUGUCAGCAAUAAUACCCAGCAGGAAAAUAUUUAAGUACAGUACAGUGGUACCUCUGGUUACGUACUUAAUUCGUUCCGGAGGUCUGUUCUUAACCUGAAACUGUUCUUAACCUGAAGCACCACUUUAGCUAAUGGGGCCUCCUGCUGCCGCCAUGCCGCGAUUUCUGUUCUCAUCCUGAAGCAAAGUUCUUAACCCGAGGUACUAUUUCUGGGUUAGCGGAGUCUGUAACCUGAAGCGUUUGUAACCUGAAGUGUAUAUAACCUGAGGUACCAUUGUAAAAUAAUUCUUAAGAGAAUAGUUAUUCCCCCUCAUCUUCAUUUUUCACUGCUUACAGGAAGUUUUUGCUUUUUUCUGUUGUAAACUUAAUUUGAGCCUAGAGUUGUGAACAUUUUUUUGGUCCUUUUUUUGGUGCAACAAUCGUAUUCUAUUAAUUUUCUGUGGAACUUAAUUCCGUUCAUGUGUGUUUUGGAUCACAGCCUACCUACCACCUGAUCCUGUUAAGCAGUUUUCCCUAUAAUUCUAGAAGCGAUGGAUCUAAAUAGGGUAUAACAUCCAGUCCUGUGCCUGACAUUCAAUGCAGAGCUAGCUGAUUCUGCUCCCAUUUGCUACGUAAUCUUUCUCUUAACUGCUAACUAUGGCCAGUGUACAUUUGUCCUGGACUCCACAGCUCCUAUGACCCGGAAGCUUAUUAGUUAGCAGGCAAAAAGGGGCUGGAAGAUUAGUUUAGCUGUAUAGCAUGGAGUAGGGCAAACUGCCAGGGUGCUAAUAUUGCUGACUUCAACACUGGAAGGAAUGGCUUAGAAUUAAUAUUCUAGCACUUGUUGCUCUGAAACUGCUGCCUCCGUGCAGCACUUCAUAAAUCAAGGCAUUCAUUAAUAGUUCUAGCAUUAUCUAACCUACAAUAUCACUGCUUAUAAUAAACCAUACCCUUCGACACAAAUGUGUCUCGUAUAUUAAUGAAGAAGUGUGGUAAAUCAUAAGGGAGGCUAAUACGUUAAUGUCCAUUCUGCUUGUUAGACCAAAUAACACAUAAGAUACUCGGCUGAAAACACUGAAAAUCGAAGCCCUCCUAAGAAUUAAAUCCAAGGAUUUGUGGUUCUCAAAGAUGCCCAGUUAUUUGUUCUUUUCCCCUUCGUUCAUUUUCGUUUGGCCAUUCAUUAUAUUUGUUUGCAGCUUUUUGAAGUGGCUUUUUUCUUAAUGUUUUUUGUUUGUUUCCAUUCUUCAGCUCAUCGCAUGCACCUUAGUCCAAUGGAAAACUUUAUUAUUUCUCGACUAUUGACUCCCACACAAGCUUCUUUAGCCAGAAGCAGAAGUACAUUAAUGCUUUCUGAGCAAUACAGUGAUUCAGGUAAACCUAAUGUUUUAAGGAAUGUAUUAGGCUCAUAGAAAAAAAUAAUUCAAGAUUCCCACCCCCGGUAAUUUAUUAAUCUUAUUCCACAUGUAAUAAUAAUCCUUCAAAAACAAGGAAAGCUGCAGAGUUCUAUCCAGGAGUUUUAUUGCUUGAUUGCCUUAGCAAUUAUGUUGAAGAAUGUAACAUUUCGGUUGGCUAGAAAGUAAACAAAUAACAAAACAAAUUUAAAAAUUGUCUAAAUAGUGAUUUAUAAUUAAGCUUAACUCAAAUUUCUAGGAGUCUAAGUAGUAUCCAUUCAGAUGACAUACUAGGACUUUAAAAGCAGUUUUACUAACGCUAAACAAGACAGUAUGAUUUCCUAGCCAGUGAACUACUCUGAUUCAAAGUUAGUUAUCAAACUAGUAAUAUCUGUACCAUGUAUCACUUUUAGAGCUGAUUUCUCCAGUCCUUAGGAUACUACUUUAGACAUGUUUCUGAAUCUAAAGUGGUCAUGAAAAAUUGACCGAUAACGCAAAUAAUUCUCAACAAGAUAUUUUAAUCUGUUAGGAGUGGCCAGAUCUUAAAAACCUGUCAGUAGAAGAACUCUUUAUUCCUAUGGCCUAAAGUUUUUAAGCUUAGUGAAGGCACUUCAGUAAAUGUGUGGUGGUUGUAUAAAGAGAGAAAAUAUGGUUUAUUAAUGUGUUUGAACAGUUUGUGUUUUUCUGUUUCUAAUAAAGAUUGCCGUUCCUCCCCCCUUUUUUCCACCCUCGCUUUCUUUGUCUAUGUUCCCUAUUGCUCUGGCUAUUGUACUAUAACUCUUUAGUAUUCCAUAUCUGUCCUCGUGUAGCGCCAGCUAGCCCUCUUAAAUCUCCUUACAAGCCUUCGCCCACUCGAAGUAUGGAGAGAAAGAAGGCAGCAUCUGCGUCAACAUCCGAUGCAAUGAAAGGAGCAACUGCAGUAGAAGUGCCACAGGUGGGCUUGAAACUUGGCCGGACCCAAGAUAGAUGCUCUUUUUAUUUUUUAAGUAUAUUUAUAAGAUUGUUGGGUAUUCUGUGGGUCAGUGUUUAAAGAGUAAAUGGCCUCUCUGUUUCUCCUGCUUCCAGCCACUCUGUUGCAACCAUUCCUCUGCUCUGUAGUGAUGCUUGCACUAAGUUCUGUUAUGUUGAGAUGAAGGGUCACGUAUUUAGGGAGUCUGUGUGUCUGGUGUGAUAUUGUAUUUCCCAUAUGGGAAGAGUUUUUUGAAACUUGAAAUUAGAUUAUAAGAAUCUGCGACUUAAAAGGAUAUAACCGUCAGUGCAUUGUACCUUUUAAAGCGCUGGCUUCAGUGCUUUUAAGGUUUUUUUUUAAAAAUAUAUCUGAGUGCAUCACUACAAAUAAUUUGUUUUGAAAUUUGAACUUUCUUUCCUGCGUCCUAACUCAGCAGAAAAAUAGUUUAGCUUGUAAGAGCUAAAGUAUGCUAAUGCUUAAUUGGGGUAGGUUUUGACAGUUUCCCUUGCUGGUAGAGGAUUUGUUUUGUGUUUGUUUCAGCUCCGCGUGGCACUGCAAAUAAGAAGGAAAAUGUUUCAAUGCAUUCAUGUACAUUUCUAAUUUUAUAAUAUUUGUGGACACUAGGGUGCGCUCUUAGAAUUCUGUCUGAUAACUAACCAAGUACCACAAGGGCAAAACAAUAAGAGUAACACCCUGUGUUAUUUUUCUUCUUCAAUAAUACUCAAGUAUAUGUAUUGAGAAGAAUAAAUUAAUAAUUAGAGCAGGUGGCUAGGGGUUAGCACUAGACGUAGUCAAAUGCCAGAGAUAUGUUUCUGUAUAGUGCAAACUGCUUGAUAUAUUUUGCACUAGUUAUAACUACAGUACUUAGAAUAAUGCAUGUGCAAUUUGCUUGAUUGUUCUUCAUCAAGAGUAAUUCAUGCAAUAGUAAGGUACCAUGUUUUAAAAAUGGUUGCAUGUAUAGGACUCAGGUUGGUAUGAAUUCACCUAAUUUUAUUGUACUGUUAUUUUUAGUUUAAGUUUGGAAAUAAGUCACAUUGAAAGUUUAACAUGGAAAGAUAGGAUACAAGUAAUUUAAAUAAACAUUGCUUUCUUCAAUGUACUGUAGAAUUUUGGGCAUCAGUGGAUAUCACUUGACCAUUCGAAAGUUCUUACGUAAUGGAAUAAGUUGCUUUCACUUGUAAAACACUAAAAUAAUAAUAUGAGAUGCUAAGUCUCUGACCCACCCUUCAGAUCCCCCAGAACUUAAGCUUCCCUCAAAAAUUCUGCAGAAGUAUUACUAAUAGUCACAAGUUGAUACUUCCUCCCAAACCUUGUUAUAACUCCAGUUUGUUUUGUUGACCAAGAAACACAGCAGCAGUUGGGAGGGUGGGAUUUAUAUAUUUUAUUAAGGUUCUUCUGCAUCUUCUCUUGUAUUUCAGAGCAUUGCGGCUACACCAGUAGCAUGUUUUGACUUCUGCACCCUCAACAUUUCACAAAUAGCAAACAGCUUUUAAAAAUUCUGCUCAAUUUCAAAAGCAGGUUGCCCUGCUUGGGUUUCUAUAUGAUACUUUGGAACCUGACCAUUGCUUGUAAAAUACCCUGAGAGAACUCUAUGCAAGGGCACUUAACUGAACUAUUUUGCCACUGCAGUAUUUUGAUUGUCUAAUAUAUAUAUUGUAUAUUAUAUUUGUGUGUAUAUAUAAAGAUUUAGUGGAGCUUUGAUGGCCAUAGGGGGGAAAUGUUGCAAGCUUUCACAAUACUUGUUUAAAAAAAAUAAAAUACAAUUUUGGUUUGUACAUACAAGUCUGUUUGUGGGUAUCUGUGCUAAAUCUGUUUCAUCAGAUGCCAAAAGUACCUGUCUUUCGUCGUCUUCUUUUUUAAGAAUGAGAAGAAAAAGAAAGAGAAGCGGCCCACAACCCCUGGCACAUCAUCUGGUUUGGGAUCUCCUCUUAGAAGAUCUGAUUCUCCAGCAGCCAUGUCCAAGCGAUCAGGUUCACCUGCAACUCCUAAGUAAGACAAUUCAGCAAAAUCUGAUUGGCUCCCCUUUUUCCCAUCCUCCCUCACAGUCGCUUCAAGGGUCAACCAGUCUCCUUCAGCCUUCCCCUUGUCCCUAAAGCAGCCAGUGGGAGAAUUAGGGUCGGAAUUCAUCAGAAUGCAGUUUCCCCUCUGCCUCAAUGAGCAGUCUGGUGCAGGGGAAAGAAGGGAGGGCAUAGGCAGUUUUCAAGAGAAAAAUGCCAGUCUUAAAGUCAUCAGUUUCAUUAUCACAAUAUAUCUGAAGAGGAAACCAGCAAUUUCCUGAACACAGGAUUCUAAUCGUGUUGAAUCAUGUUUUUCUUUUUCUUUUGUUCUGUAGCACGUUGAACAUCUGUUGCUACGGAAUAUUUCCCAAGUCAAUCCUGGCCUAAAUUCUUUAGAGAUGCCUAGGCUGCCAAUAAAGUGUCUUAUUAUAUUUAGAGGGCAUAGAUGAGUAAGCAAGAUUCAUCACUUAGCUUGAUUACAUUUGUCUGUUAGCAAUAGAACUGACACUUUUCUGGGAACAGCCACUCACUUCCAGUGGCUCAGAACACUUUGGACAGUUACUCAUGGCGCCACUCCUGGUAGCAGUCCAUCACAGGCCACUGCCACCACUGGGUAAACCUGCUUAUGCAUGAGAUGAGGAGGCUGUCAGCUGCCCCAUCCUGUUCACAUGGGCUUGGUUGCAGCUUUACAUGGCAAAGUUGUGUCAUGGCCUGGAGCCUGUGAGCAGAAAAUGAGUGCUGCUCCAUCCUCUCCUUGCAGUCAUGUGACUUAGUAAUGAACCAGCCACUGCUAUGUAAAUUUGUGAGCAAAUACACUGCCAGGCAAGAGAGGACAAGUAGUGGUGGGUUGGUUGACACUGGGUGAGGGGGUGGGUGGGUUGCUGAGCGUGGCCUGUCUAGGCAGUGGCGUAGCGUGGGGGGUGCAGGGGGGCCCGGCCACACCGGGCGCAACAUCUGGGGGGGGCGCGCUCGCACUCGCAGCUCUCUGCCCCUACCUGGCUCACUCACUCUCUCUCACUGCAGUGCUGGCUGUGCGAAUCCGAUCCGAGCCGCUGGGUCGCCGCCCACUGUGGAGGGGGGUGGGUGCCAGGCGUGCGGUGCGGAGAGAGAUCGAGGGACUAUCUGGGGGAGGGACAGUGCAGCGGCCGCCCAGCGCAGCGCUGAGCGCGGGAGAGAACCACACCAGACCUGACCAGGCAGCAGCAAGAAGAAGCUGGCAGCGGCGGCAGGUUAGGGGUUAGGGGGCGCAAAUUACUUGCCUUGCCCCGGGUGCUGACAACCCACGCUACGCCGCUGUGUCUAGGACCCACAGACUUUUGGAGUCUGGCCUGGGUUAAAAAAAUGUUCGCUGAGGAGGAAUUUAUUUUUCUGAUUGUAUCCUUAAUUGGUUGUAAAACCACUAAUUUAAUGCACCCAGUCCAACUAUAUCACAGAAAAUAAUGGUAGCUGAAGUUAUUACAAUGGUACCUCAGGUUAAGAAUUUAAUUCGUUCUGGAGGUCUGUUCUUAACCUGAAACUGUUCUUAACCUGAAGCACCACUUUAGCUAAUGGGGCCUCCUGCUGCCGCCGCUCCGCGAUUUCUGUUCUCAUCCUGAAGCAAAGUUCUUAACCGAGGUAAUAUUUCUGGGUUAGUGGAGUCUGUAACCUGAAGCGUAUGUAACCUGAAGCGUAUGUAACCCGAGGAUCAUCACCUACAUCAGAUGGAGGGGAAGAGCAUAAAAGCAGCAGAAGUAAGGAAUAGCCAAUUCUAUGGAUGUGGAACCAGUUAGAGGGUAGUCAUGUAAGGGUUUAAAGUGGCCAACAGCUGGAAUGUUGCCACUGAGGGCAUAUAGGCAGAGCUUGCUUCGAUGUCCUCUCAAAAGUGCCUAUCAAAACUAACUGGCAAGAGAGCGCUGCACAAGGGUGCAGCUGCUGCCGCCGCCGCUGUUGCUGUUGAACUGCAGACUGACUAACAUUCCUGCUGGAUACAUUGAACUGGAAGUGCAGUACUUUAGAUCCUCACAAAAUUUGUAAAGGUUAUUUUCCAAGGCAAUUUUGUUUGGAAAAGAAAGAGAGAGAGAAAUAGCUCAUACGUAAGCAAGGUGAACAAGCUAUUAUGUUACUUCCUGCAAGAAGCGCUUUGAUAAAGCGAAUAGCAUAGCAAAGAAAAAAGUAAAAAGGAGGGAAAGAUGUAUACGGCCAAAAGGAUCAUAAACAGAAAAUAAAGGGUUAAUCGGAAACCAAGAAAUGCUGACUAGAGGACAAAAGGGACAAAGAAGUUUAUCUGCCUGAAAUUAGAGCUGAGUCAGAAAGUGGUAUAGAUAUUUAGUAAUAGGGUGGUGUCUACAAAAAUCUAUAGAAUCAGCUGACGGGGGGGGGGGGGAAAAAUCACUUAAAAGUAGAUACUGGUUACUUUAAAAUAGUAAAUGUCCCAAACUGUGUUCCCAGUCAAAAACAGAUAAUAUAAAUUCAGAAGUUCUUUAAAUGUAUUCUACAGUGUCUCCCUCUUUAAAUUAUUUUUACUGAAGUUUUCAACAGACAGAUAACAACAGCAAAACAAGCACAGAAUGUAAUACUGCAGUACAACAGUUCAUUGAUCAGUCUGCAUCACUGGACAGAAUUGAUCUGCAAAAUACUAAACUCAAUAUAGACCACAGAAAAUGUGCAGUAGUGUCUUUGCUUAAUUGUUAGGGCAUAUUCUCACACAAACAAGAUGAGAUAAACUUGUCUAUUGAUACAAGCCCAGGGUAUGUUUGUCAUAGACUCAAUCUCCCCCCCCCCCCGGGAGUAAUGCUUCAAGUAUUUUCAUGUUUUGUGAGCCUACCACAUUGCCUCAUGACAGUGUAAUUUGUGUGAACAAGUAUGAAAUGGAUUUGCUGUUAAUCCCAGUUGGCACAAUUUCUCUCUCCCUGUUUUUUUAACAGACUAAUUUGCUGCCUGGCGCAUGAUUUGUUUCUUCCGAAUGUUUUUGGUCACAGUCCUGUUUUGCCUAAGAACAGACAGUCUGCAAACUUAAUCCUCAUAUUCUAUUAUGUUUGCAGCUUUAAAAUAAAAUAAUGUUUUAUUUGAUGUAAAAGGGCAAAGAGUGGGAAGUGGGAGAAAUCAACCAAGGUUAAGAUCACUUAACAAUUGACCUGUCCUUCCUGGGAUCUGUUGGUAAUACAGUACUGAAUUAUUUAUUUGAAUUUAUUUUUAGAACACUUACAAAGACUUACCCACAGUCUCCCAAAACUACUAAACAGUAUCCGGCUUCUCCUGUGAAACACCGUGCCACUUCAAAUCUCAACCAAGAAACGCCUAAGAAAAGGGCAGAAAAGCAUAAAGACCAGCAAAGGGAGACUGCUGGUCAGAAAAACCAGGGGUCACCUGGUGAAGAGGCUGUAAGCCAACAUCUAGCUGAAAAAUCUCUGCCUUCUGCAGGAAAGACCGAAAGCAGUGAAGGUGUGCCUUUUUUGCUUUUGCCUUUUUGCUUUUGUUUUGUUUUUGCUUCUGCUGUAAUACCACUUAACUCCUUAUAUAUCAAAUACGGUAGCUAGUUCUAUCAUUUCCAUCUUUGUGGCAAAGGAAAUUUGCAACUGAUCCAGAGGAUGCCAUAAAUGCCUUUAUCUUUAGAAGUCUUCAUAGAAUAUUUAGUUAGGUCUAGUAGGUAUAAUGUCAAGAAUAAACUAUUGGGCCAUUGGUAAGCAAAACGUAUUGAGAAGCCAGACGUCGAUUCCUGGAUAUUUCUUGUGCCUUUUCUUGCUGUGGUGUCAACCUCUCUCAGUACAAUAACAUGCCCUGCUUUACUAAAGAUAACAUGAAUUGUAGGUGCAAUUAGAAAUACUAUUUCUUUUAAACAGUGAAACAAAGGUUUAAUUUAUACAACUAACUGAGGUAGUUUCCUGGGGGAAAGAGCUGUUGUUCAUUUCACUUUGAUGCAACUACCUUGAUAUACUUUCUAGAUAUUCUUCUCUGCUUACUAAUUUUGAGCCACUUAUUAGUACAACCUUAACUAUGUCCAUCAAAUCCUGUGCUUUACACACAUUACAUUAACACAUGUAAUGACAUUAUAUUAGUUGGCAUCUGUUUGUCUUGGAAGACAAUGAACGAGUAAGUGUCCCUUCACAGUGCCUGCUGUGGCUGUAGAGACCAAUAUAGGAGAGACAUCUUUUGUUACAGCUGGGGCAGAUGAAGGCAUCUGGCUCUGCUGAUCCAGCUGCACCAUGGCGUUUCUUCUUUCUACACUCCUCCCAGCAGCCGUUCCUCUUCAGAUCACUGCUGUGGAUACAAGACCUGAUUGUCUCCUGAUUGUUUGGAGUUUUGUUUUUCUCUGAAUAUGAAGCAGUUUAUAAAUGCUUUAAAGAAAUGAAGAGAAGUGAAAUUCCAUUGAACGUUUAGGUUGCCCAGUGUUUCCUGGGCUGCAGUCUAUAAUGUUUUAACCGGAACAACAAAUUGUUUAGGGAAACUUGCAGCAGGAACUACUGAUGCUGAAGAAGCUACAAGGAUUUUAGCAGAGAAGAGGCGCCAAGCUCGUCUCCAGAAAGAACAAGAGGAAAAAGAAAAGCAGGAGAGAGAAGAACGUGAAAGGUAUUUUCCCUACCCCAUCCCCACUUCUCCAUUAAUAACAGCACACGCUUGGACAGCUUCUCAUUGCUGCUGUUAAGAGACCUUUUAAUUAGUUUCAGUUUCAGAGAGUAGUUAACAUGGAAUGAAUUAGUUAACUUCUCUAAACUAUAGUGAGUCCAUAUCCAUGAUUUCCCAGAACUGGAUCCCCCAAAAUUUAGGGCACAUCUCCCAUUUCCCAAGGAAACAUGACAAAAGUACACACUUCUGUGCAAUAUGUAAGUGUUAUGCAAGGUAUAGCUCCCUCUGCCAGUCCUGAAAUAAGUAUUUCUGUGGCUUUUCAGGCUAGAGAGAGAAGAGCUGAAAAGAAAGGAAGAGGAAGAGAGGAUUCGCCGGGAGGAAGAGGCUCGCAAGAGAGAGGAGGAAAGAAGGCGUGAAGAGGAAGAAGCUAGGAGAGCAGCGGAGGAGGAAGCUAGGAGGAGAGCGGAAGAAGAAAUCCUGCUAAGGGAAAAACAAGAAAAGGAAUUGCAAGCUAUGAUUGAGAUGCAGGUAUGGCCUUUUGGAGGUAUAAGACCAUAUGUAUUAUUUAAGAAGUGUUUUGAUUAUGCAGCCCUUUUCAAGAUAGAGCCUAAUAUUUCAGAAUAAUAAUUAUGUUUUGUAAAAAGCAGAAAUGUGGUACAUAAUGUUUCUGUAGGUUUAUCAUAGAUGAACAUACAUUGUUACUUUUUAUUCAGAGUCAGACCACUGGCAUAUCUCUAAACCGCUCUUGGUUUCCUGGAAGUCUCAUGUACAGAUCUUUCCAUUAUCCAUCUCCCGUGAUCCAUUAUCAUUUCAAUACUUUGGGGUUUAAAAUGCAGACAUCUGUAUGCAAGACAUGUCCUCUGCCAUUGAUCUAAGUCCAGCAUUAUUAAGCAUGUCACACAUUAUGUAGAAAGUGUUAAACCUCAGGUGCCUAUAGUUACUGCCCUUUAAAAUGACAUACAUGCUAAAUGCUAACUAUAUGUCCUGACUUAGAUCUGUUAGCUCUUUGACUUUUAACUACAAUUCCAUCAGUAUGGAUGGGCUUUGUACUGCUUAGAGCAUGUUUAAAUCCCUUUUCCAGGUGGGUUUGCAGGGCCACCUGGGAAUUGUCAUAGCUCAGUAGUUGAGCAUGUGCUUUGCAUGUCAAAUUUCCCAGAUUCGAUCUCAGCCACCUCUAGGUCUGUAUAGACAAUACUGAAGUAAUUCGACUAGCGCUCUAAAUUUCUAGAAGGCAGCUCCCUGUGUUCUUAUACCUUUCGGGGAACUGGUGGCACUAGCAAGGCUACGUCCACUACAGUCCGGCACACCCACAUGGGAAGAUGAGUGGAACCACAACCAUUCAGGAAAAAAUAGCCCACACAGACACAAAACCCUAGCAGAAAGCUUUGGUGCUAUAUUUUAGGGAAAUACUGUCCACUCACAUUUUCUGGAGUCUGGAAAGUUGUCUGUGAUGGAAUGAAUAAGGUGGUUUAUUUUUUGGUGGCUUAUGUGUGUUUAAUUAGAAAGAAGCAGCAGAAGCGAAGGCCCGGGAGGCGGCUGAGCAUCUGCGUCUGGAAAGGGAACAAAUCAUGCAGCAGAUAGAGCAAGAAAGACUGGAGCGAAAGAAGGUAGAGAAUUUGUCCAUAUCACGGGUGACAGCAUUGUUACUUUUGUCCUCAUAAGUUUAUCAAAUGCAUCUGUAAAUUAAAGGUGUCCUAGACAAGAGAAAAGCUUGGUGAUGUAGUUGAGAUCCUAAUGUCAAAUGUAAUUGUUCAUUAUUCUGUUCAAAAUUACGAUCCUCUUCAGAUUUGGGAGCAGCCAAUUGGUAUGCAUGGGAUCUGCCUACCAGUUGCAACCUUUCUGUAUAGGAUCAUGGUUAGUAGGGCUGUAAUAAUCCUACACAGUCUCUAACACAUCCUUUUCCAUCUUGGGUCCCCAUAUGGUGCUACAACUACAACUCCCCUCAUCUCUGACUACUGGCUUGCUAGCUAGGGAUGAUGGGAAUUGUAGUCCAACACCAUCUGGGGUCCCAAAGUUGGUUGGGAAAGGCUACUCUAACAAAAGCAGAGUUAAAAGAUAUUUACUCUGUUACAUGUAUGGCAAUUGUCUUUAAUCAGAUGGUAUGAAAUUGCUGGCACUGGUGACUUGCCAUUGCAUUUUCAUUACAUAGAUGAACCAUAUUAAAGAGAACCAUAUUGGAAGAUUCUAACAGCAGUGAUUCAGAAAUAUGACUUUGUGACAUUGCCUUAUGUGGCCAGCCCAAGAUUUAUACCUUAUUUGAGCCUCACAUGUCUGUAGAAUGGGGAGAUCUUUCUUCUGUGCUAUAUAUUGAUGCAAUCUCAGUUAGCUUAGCACUUUCAGUUUUGGAAAGCAAAGGAUAAUAAACAACAUAAUCAUUUUCUUUUUCUUUUCAGAGAAUAGAUGAAAUAAUGAAAAGGACAAGAAAAAGCGAAACACCAGAAAUCAAGGUGUGGAACAGAAUUUCCUUCCUUUCCUUGGAAGUGUAGAAUUAUGUAGUUCAACAUACAAUAAAUGCCAUUGCCCCAGAAAUCUGAAGAUUAAUCUUCAUUUGUAAUAUAAGUGGCCACUUUGGGCCCUCUUAGAAGGGUCACAAUUGUUUCUCUCUCAUAUAAACAGCAGAAGAAACCAAAUAUGUGCAAACAUGGGGCAACAUAAUGGCAAAUACUACCUUUCUUAAUGCCUAAGGGGGAGAGCUGAAAACAAGUGUAUUGUGCCUUCUAUCUUAGUUCCAAAGUACACAGUUCAUGCAGCAUUUACCUCCGCUGCUACAUGGAGGAAAGCAACUUAGAGAGGGCAUUUUGGGAAGGUAAACAGCAGGAACAGAAGUAUUUGAGCUGUCCCCUCCUCCCUCCCAUCCUGCUUUUUCUCAGCUGCAGCUACUUGUGGCUACUUUUCAGUAACACAGACAGAACAGGGCAGGAAGAAAUGCAUAACUGGACGUAACAUGUAGUUUGACUCUUAAUCGCUUACUGUUCCUACUUUAUUCUGUGUACUUGGUUAAAUGAUAGCCUCUUCAAGAGUAAUGGUCAAAGACCAAAGCAAUUAGUACUACUGUGCAAAUAACUGAAGAGCUGGCUGGGGUACAUUUUGCUUGUUUAUCCUUGCAAGCCUGAUUGGUGAAGGGAGGAACUACCUGGAUCAAAUGGCUGUUGCUUCUGCAGUUAUUAGUCCAAGCGACAUGAGAGAGAAAAAACAGGGGCUGUAGCUAUUUUAAAUCCUUGUCACCUCCUCCCUUCCCACGGAGUACCUUGAUUGAGCUUUGCUUUCAGAGAAUCUGGCCCGUGGGCAGGGCAUCUCUGAUCUGCAUAGAUACCAACCUGCAAUUCCCAUAGUAAAGAUCUAAGGUUCCCAGGGAACCUAGUGUUGGUACAAGGGCUUAGAGACUGCUUACCUUUCCCACCCUGGAGCAGAUAAUGCAGACAUGAUAUAAGAAUCUUGCUGGAAGUUCUCACCCAUCUCCUUCUGCAGCCAUUGUUUUCCCUUUGUCUGCUUCCUUCAUGUUUAUAGAGAAUGCUACAAUAAGAGAUUAAGAAUGUUUUGUUACAAGCUGUAUAUAUAAAACAUUUUGAGCAAAGUAUAGCUGGUAAGAUAUAAAUGUUCAGCUGCGCCUCUGGAAAGGUCUGCAGUCAGUGAAUUUUACAUGUUUGAUACAGAAGGAAGACAUUCAGCUGGAUGUGCCAUCAUCUUUAAAUCUGGACAAACAGCCAAAGCCACCUGCUAUCAAUCAAGCAGGUAAAAAACAACACUGUAUUGGUAUUAAAUUAUGUAUUGAUUGCCUUCCAAAAUCCAUGCUUCAAUGAAACGUGCUAGAUUGUUCCUAUUUUUGGCAAUAUUUCAUGAAAGUUCAAGCGUUUGGCCUGCCCAUAGUAUUAUUCUGGCAGACACGUAGUCUCUCCCCUCCCCCCUUUUCUUCCCAACCCUAUACUGCAUAUAACACCAAUAUCUCACGACAAAUGUACUGUAACUGAUCUGUAGAAAACACAACCUGAAGAAAGAGACAAUGCAUGUGCUUUUGUAAAUGAGGAAAAUCUGUAAUUAAAAAAAUACCGUAAAUUCCGGCGUAUAAGACGACUUUUUAACCCCGUAAAAAAGGUUAAAAAGUCGGGGGUCAUCUUAUACGCCGAGUAUCCCCCCGCCGCCGCAGUAGCGACAGGCUCAGCUCCGCACCGGGAGAGAGUGGCCUGGCACAGAGCCCCCCCACUGCUGCUUCGGAAGCAGCAGCAGGGGCGGCGGGCUCCAUUCCACUCCAGGCGGCUUUCUCCCAGCGUGGAGCUGCCCAGCGUAUUAGGCAACUGGGCUUAUAAGAUGAACCCCCAAAUUGCAGCUGCCGGAAUCUACGGUAUGUUUUUUUUAAAAAGUUACUUUGAGUGAGCAUGUGCCUAGAAAUGCAAAACAUAAAUUUCAGUGCCCGGAAAGGCAAGAAAUAAACAUUUAGCACUACCCUCAUCUCCAAACACCUUCAGUAUAGUGAACAUGGAAGCAGUUCUGGAUUUGUGAGGGUCACUGCUACCAGUCAUCGUAGAAUAUACAGCAGGCAGUACUGAGCUAAGUAAGACAGACAAGACAGACUCUGUAUCAGGUAGCUUCUUAUGUUCCUAUUCAAACAAAGGCAGUAUCUCCUAGUUCAGCCAUAGUAUUUUAUGUGCCAUGAGCAAGGUGCAUGGUGGAGGCUCUCUCUCAUUUCAAUAAAUCUCCACUUCAGGAGAUGAGUAUUGAACAGGCCCUAUGGAGGUAUGCAUGAUUCUGGGCUCAUGUCUUAAAGCCUACUUACACAUUAAACUUGCCAUAUAAGCAGAGGCUGUCUAUGUGAGGUUCUGUCUCCUGAGAAUUCUGAAGCCUUCUCCACCCAGACACCAAAGACUACAGGGGAUAGAAAUAAUACACAACUGCUCUCUAUCCUUUCCCAACCAUUGAUUGUUUCCCCCACUUUUAUUCUUAGUGACUAUUUUUCUACAAGUUCCCCUGUUGAAAGGGGGGGGGGAUGGGAAAAUAAGCUACUAGACAUGGCAGAUAGCCAACAAAGUUGUACCUGGAGUAGGCCCAUUGGAAUUAUUGGACUUAAUUCCAUUGAUUUCAGUGGGUUUACUCUAAGUAUCUUAGUUGUCUAUAACCCAAUAAUGAGGAGAGCAGCUGGCUGCCACCUUUACUAAAUGUGAUUUCCUCUUUUCCCCUGCCUAUUGGUGGAGAACCUUCAGAGCUCUCACAUACUAAAUUGCAGCAUCUCAGGCUUCCCAUGUGAAACUUCAAGCUUGCAUAUUUUCAUCUUUCAGGCAACAAUAUUUAAUUGCAUUUCCUAGAGUACAAAUCCUGCUUUAAGGGUAGGAAUAAAUAUGUGGCUCGCUUUCACCAAUGAUUUCUUGUCCUGUUGCUUUUACAAUCACAUUUCCUCAUGACAUCCUUUUCAUAGAAAUGAAUGGACUAACAAGCUGCAAAGAUGAUAAAGGCCUGGGAUGUGCUAUGUCUGACUCUUUCCCUCAUGAUGUAUUUUCUAAUGGACUCAAGCCACUUAUGGGCCUUAUUCAGCUGAACCCAAUGGAUGGGAAAUCAAAUAGCAUUGAUGAUUCAACAGAUGAAGUUCAGUCUAUGGAUGUGAGGUACAUAACCAUUUAAAAAUAAUCUUAGUCAGGAUCCAAAGAACCACACAAUUUGUUACAUGUGCCUGCUGCUGCUUUAGAUUUGUGUUUUUGUAUGAUAUGGUUCAGGGAUAUGCUUCUCAAAAAAAUACUAUUAUUUUAAAUCUUGCUGAAUUUGCACAAAUAAAUCCCUAAAGUAAUUUGUAUCCUGGCCCUAAUAAUUUGAACGUUUCAUUUAUCCUUUAAUGAAACAUGCUGUGUUCUAUGUUUCUUCCAAUUUUUUUGUCAUUCCUUCCCUUCCACGGGCAUCUGUGAACCAAUAUUUGAUGCUCUUAACUAUGGUGUACAAAGGAGCAAAAUGCAUUCUGCAGCCUGAUCCUAUGCAUGUUUACUCAGAAGCAAUUCCUACUGUGUCAAAUAGUGCUUUCUUCAAGGUAAGUUGUCUAGGGUUGCAACCUUGAGUUAUUUGCCAUUCAUUAUCUACCUUCUGUAAAAUAGAUGAGCUGAAAUCACUCUUUUAUCAUCUGAGGUGAUUUGCAUUGUCAUGAAUUUCAUGCAACAUACAUGUUAGUAACCUGGUUUUCACUCUCUUUUUUUCAACAGUCCUGCUUCAAAAGAAGAGCUUAUAUCUAUUCCUGAGUUUUCACCAUUGAAUGAAAUUAUGCCUGGUGUUUCUUUGGACCAAAAUGGCUCAAAUAAUGGGAAGGCUCUUCAAGAUCUACUAGAUUUUACUGGCCAGGCCACUUACCCAAAAUUAUCAAGUGAAAGUGUCAGCAUAGAUGAUUGUAAUAAAAACUUGAUUGAUGGAUUUAAUAGUCCAGGACAGGAAACAACUCUCAACACCUUGUGUUGACAAACACACUACUACUUAGCAAUAAGGUACUAUAUUCUUGUAAUAAGUAUAAUUGUUUAGCCACCUGUUGCAGGCAGUGUUUGUGUUGCCUUCUGACUGCCACACAACUGAAAAGAAAACCAGGACUCAUGAGCCCUCUUCAGAAGUAUUGUUUGUGCUUUUAGUGAGCAUGUAAGUGGGGAGCAGGGCUGAAUUAGAUAAUACUGGCCUGUCCCUCUAUAUCAGGGUUUCCCAAACUUGGCUGUCCAGCUGUUUUUGGACUACAACUCCCACCACCCCUAGCUAUCAGGACCAGUAGUCAGGGAUGAUGGGAACUGUAGUCCAAAAACAGCUGGAGACCAAAGUUUAUAUGCACAGUGUCCCUUUUAUUUGUUCUGCUGAAAACAUUGGUAUCAUGGGCUGUGGCCAGAGGGAGAUGUCAGGAGCGUUGCUAGACAGGACAGCCUCAUUCAUGGGUUCACUGAACAUGUGAACAGUAUUUUGGAAAAGGGUGAUGGUUUUUUGUCUCGUGUGUGUGUGUGUGUGUGUGUGUGUGUGUGUGUGUUUAAAACCAUCUAAUGUGCUCAGAGCUGUUGGGUGUUGGAUAAUGGAUUGUUUACUGUUCCAUUCCUGAAUUUUGUUUAGUAGAUAGCAUGAGUAUAAUUUGGAGGCCACAUCCAGAAGGCUAAUGGGUCUGUAAUUAUGAGGGUCUGAGGGGUCUCCUUUCUUGAAGAUUAGCACAAUGUUAUGCAUUUACGCCUUGAGAGGUUGAAAGUGAAGAUCAGAACAAUUAAAUGCAGUAUAAUAAUCUGAAAAUCUGAACAAUUUAACAUAAUAAUCUGCAAAUAAAACAUUGGAUUUACGUAAACUCACUCAGUCUAUUUUUCUGAUUGACAGAUGGCGUUAUUUGGGAGAAUAUAGACACUUCCAACGCUGCUGUUGGUCAAACAAGAGCUCAUCAUUUUAAGAAGCUGCUGCAGUCCUCAACAUUGGAUAUCAUGUUCCUCUGCACUGAAUUUACUGUCUUCCCAUGUGCAUUGAUGAGCAAGUAGUCAUUUUGGUCAGGAGUGGAAACUUCAGUUUGAGUGGUUUCAGGGAAUAUUUGUGGGAGCUUUUUUAUAAUUGAGCUUUUAGCUGCUAAGAAAACAUGGUUAUUAAACAUAUACGUAUAUAUAUAUAUAUAUAAAUAAAUAUAUUAUCAGUGGGCUCCCAAGUGAGUCAGUAAAAUUUAUUUUAAAACCAUUCUUUUAAUUUUGUCAUUGAGCUAUCAGGAUUGUGUGUGUGUGUACGUAAAAAUGCACAUUAAAAUGAAAUGGCUGUUCCUGUGUUUGCCUUUCAGUUUGUUUGUGUUUUUUUUCCUCUUGGGAAAAAGUCAUUUUUUUAAUGCCAUUUAUUAAGGUGUCUUAUUGCAAAUCAAUAACUGAGAAGGCUUGGAAAAAAUAUGCAACUGCUGGAAUCCAAUAGAUUUUCUUGCAGACAGUGGAACAUUUGAAUUACCACUCAUUAAAAUAUGGCACAUAACAAUUUUAUUUGUAGUACUUUUUGAUCUGUUGGUAACUGAGUUGGCACUGAAUUGGAGCUACCACUAAUAAAGUGCUAAAAUGGAAUUAGCAAAAGCUUAUCACACUGUAUUUAAUUUUAAUUGUCUGUGGGGGAAAGUUUUAUCAUUACAUGUAUUAUAUUAUUGUAGAAGUAACUGUAUCAUGGGGUCCAGGAUGAUGAUAUGUUAAUGUUCAAGAUUCAGUGUCUGUUAUCAAUACCAGGUGGUUUUCAUUCAUGGGAUUCUCUAAUAUCCAACAACUCAGCUUCAUAUAAUCAACAGCAAACAGUAUAUAUACAUGGGCAACAAGAUAUUAUAAGGUACAUAACCACAAGUGCUGAAAGUCGUACUCCUGCAACACUAUAGUCUUAUCAGCCUCUCUCACUCUGCAAUUGUAUAUGAAGAAAGCUCUUGUUGAGAAUGCAUAGAUGUUCUGUAUAAUGUAUGAAGGGCAUAAUUCAGCCUAGUUAAGCAUUUUGAGAUCCGUCUGUUCCAAAGGGCAAGUCAAGCACUUAAAUUUCUCUUGAAUUUGAAAUCGAUCAACCUUAAGAGUGUUUAGUUUAGCCUGGAUUGUGCACAAGGAAUUUCAACUUUUGGUGAACUCUUCUUACCUUUUAUGCUGUAUUCUAUGCUGCCUAGAGGACAACUCUGUCCCGUUCUUUACAACAACAAAAAAGACAAUUCUGUUGGAGCUAAAGAAAUGGGAAACUUUUAUAUGUUGGGGGUGUUGAAAUGUAAUGUAGCUUUGUUCUCGUGACUCUAAAAAUGGGCACGUAUUGAGAAAUUAGUUAUUGAAGCUAUGUGAUAAUAUACCCAAAUGCUUACAAUAUUUAUGUUGAUGUCAUUCAGCAAAAAAUACUUCCUUGGUGACUGUGCAGUAUGUGGUAGCAUGGUAUGGUGUUCUUCCAAGUUAAUUCUGCAGUUUUCCUCAUAAACAAUAAAGAACUUAAUCAUA